CUCCCUCCCAUUAGACAGACACCUCCCCUCUCCAGUAGCAGCGGCCUUUCCUAAUUUGAGCUCAGUAAUCCCAGUAGCUGCAAGCCCUGCUCUGCUGCAUGAUGUCUGCUUGUAAAUUCUUCUCCACUGUCAGAGGCCUCACUUUGCAGGCAAAAUGGACCCAGAGGAUGUGUGCUGGUGCAGCCUGGAUGGUACACAGUAAGGUAUGCUGCAAGUGCUUCCUAGGCUUGUGUGCCCAGCUAUGUACCAACUAUGCCUAUUACAGCUCCUUGGCAGGGGUUCACCACAUUCCUGGCAAUGGGCUCCUGGCUCCCUGCUAAGUACCUUGUUACUUGGGAAGACUUAGAUUGCUGCACAGUCAUGUGAAACUGCCUCAGUGUUUACCAGUUCUGUAAUUAAAAGUAAACACAGUUUUAAGAAUCAUAUUGGUUGUCUGGUUUCCAUUAGAGCGUACUGACUGCUAGGUCUGUGUGUGACAUAUUGCUCAGAAACAGAGACUGCUGUCACUUUAGUAUGACAGGUUCUAAAACAGUGCAGUUCCAGAAUAAAAACCUGCCCUUCACACACCCUUUGUUUACCCUUCUGUGUCUAUGGUUUGGCUUGUACUGUACAAUGUAAACGUGACUGUGACCUUGAAAAGCCUGGUGUCUCAAAAUCAAGUUGAGACAAAGCAUUAUGCCCCCCCAGCCUGUGUCCCUGUUCUGAUUUAAACAGGAUUAUUUACGAAGUGAGAAUUCUAAAGGAUUUCCAAUUUGAAGACUAUGGUAGCUAAACUGAAAGCCCAGCUGGCUUACAGAAUUGUUCCAGUUGAGAUAUUUUGGCUGUAUAUUUGAAAUUCAUUUUGUAAGUGGCAGAAUGAGAGGUUGAUAUCUAAUUGGUCUAAUGCUUGUGAUUAAACUGUCGCCCCUAGAACUCUAGAAAUCAAAGACUGUGUGACUGUUUAACGAUUGUACUGAAGCAAUUCGUCCCCAAUAUGCCCUCUGUACCCAUUUAGAUAAUAAGACUUGCAGUUUACCUCCUAUUUUAGCUUAAGUUUGUUUGAUAUGCAGGUAAUGGCAGAAUUCAGGAAUAAAUAAUCUGAUCUGGAACAAAAAAAAUCUAUGUUCUAGUGAAGUCACAGCUUAUUUAUUUUAGUCUUAUUUUUGCAAUUUGAAUUUGAAUUAGCAACGAUUUGGAGUUCAGUGAACAAACCCAGAGAGGUUAAUUCAUUAGUCCAGGGCUUAAGACAUUUGUUUGGAUUCUAGGAACCAGCUAAAAGAGUUAGGAGGCAAGUUUUUUUUUUUUUUUUUGAAUGGCAAAAUAAAUCUCUUAAAGGGACACUAUAUCACUAUAGUCCCCAGAAUCACUACAGCAUAAUGUAGUGGUUCUGGUGCAAAGACCUGUCCAUGCAACUUGCGAUUGUAAACACUGCUUUUUCUAGAAGAUGUCCAGUGUGCAGCACCUACGUUCAGUAUCUCCACACUCUGCAUGGAGUCGCUGAAUGCUCCUUAUAGAGAUGCAUUGAUGCAAUAAAUCUCUGAGGAGAUGAUGAUGAUUGAUACAGCGCUUAUGCAAUAACUUCCCAAUACUUUCCUAUUGGAAAUGAUUUGCUGAGAUUUUCAAUAAUGAUGAUUUCAGCCAUGGAGGUGGAGCCGGCCACUGUGAAACCGGCACAGUGUGGGGGGAAAAAGAAGAGUAAAAACCCUUUUCCAAGCGUUUUAGAAGGCAGCUGACUACCUAUAAAGACAGACACACACAAAUAUAUAUUUUUAAAUUUUAAUUUAAGUCCACCCAUCCUCCCUAACUUUGGGAGAGCUAGAGUGGAUCCUUUUUAAGAUGGUCCAGUGUGUCGGCUGAAAUAUUUAAGCUCUUCUUACUCUGCACUCUUGUGCGCCUUUUAGUGAUGCUGGGACCAUAGUAACGUCAUCUCCCAGCACCCGGAAUCACAGUGGGGUGCACGUGGAAGCAGAACAAGAGAUGGAAGAUUUCAGCUCCCCCACCGCCCGCCUCCACUCUCUCUCAACAGGCUGACAAAAAAGACAAACUUAUUUUUUUUUUUUUUUUUUUGGCUCUUAGAUUCAAAGCAAAUUUACCACGCCCUGCUUUAAUAUUUAAAAAAAAAAUAUAUAUAUAUAUUUUUAAAAUUUAUUUGGAUAUAUAUAUAUAUAGUUAAUACAAUGUUAAAGAAAAAUCUGCACACCAGUCAAGCCAUAAGACUUGCUUUUUUCCCACAAUGAAAAUAACAAUGAAACAGCUGUCCAUGAGUGGUUCACUGGUUUUGCAUCUUUUCUUAAGUUGUUUCAAAGCGGUUGUAGACAGCAAAUACAGACUCAAAGGAAUCCAUGUUUAAAAUGGAAAGAAGCAAAAAUUUGAUUUUGUUAAACUAAUUUGCAUAUGCCCACCCAGAAUCCUUUGCGGUAGUAACAUCACUGCAACUUUGUGAUUUCUGUGGGAAAAGCAAGUCUUAUGGCUUGACUGGUGUGCAGAUUUUUGUUUAACAUUGUAUUAACUGUCCACAGACUUUGGGUGGAAGGGGGUUUUCAAUCACAAUUUUUCCCCACCAUAACCUUUUUGGUUUUUGUAUGUGUGCAGGGGCGUAUUAGCCGCGAGGCAAACAAGGCAUUUGCCUUGGGCGGCAUUUUUCAGGGGGCGGCAAAAAACGCCGCCCCCCAAAUGCCCAGGGCAAAUGUCUUGUUAGCCUCGCGGCUAAGAGACAUUCUGGGCGCUGGGCGGGUGGGCGGCCGGCGAGGGAGCUCUUCCCCUGAGCGCUCUGCUCAGCUCCCUCGCGCGCCGCCAGCAGAGUGAGGCCGGGAGCCGGAAGAUGACGUCAUAUUCCGGCUCCCAGCAUCACUCUGCUGGCGGCGCGCGAGGGAGCUGAGCAGAGCGCUCAGGGGAAGAGCUCCCUCGCCGGCCGCCCGCCCGCCCAGCGCUGCAGCCACUGGACCCCAGGGAGAGGAAGAACCCCCCCCAGCAUUACCAAAGGUAAGGAGGCUGGGGGGGGUUAAAUAAAAAAAAUAAAAACACUAGUGAGUGUGUGGAAGUCUGUUAGUGUGUAUGUUAGUGUGUGUAUGUAUGUUAGUGUGUGUGGUGUAUGUCUGUUAGUGUGUGUAUGUUAGUGUGUCUGUUAGUGUGUGUAUGUUAGUGUGUGUGUGUAUGUUAGUGUUUGUGUCUGUUAGUGUGUAUGUUAGUGUUUGUGUCUGUUAGUGUGUAUGUUAGUGUUAGUGUCUGUUAGUGUUAGUGUGUAUGUUAAUGUUAGUGUAUGUAUGUUAGUGUGUGUGUGUCUGUUAGUGUGGAUGUCUGUUAGUGUGGAUGUCUGUUAGUGUGGAUGUCUGUUAGUGUGUGUGUUUGCCUGUGAGUGUGUGUGUGUGUUUGCCUGUGAGUGUGUGUGUCUGUUAGUGAGUGUGUGUCUGUUAGUGACUGUGUGUUUCUGUUAGUGACUGUGUGUUUCUGUUAGCUAGUGAAUGCGUAUCUGUCAGUGAAUGUGUGUGUGUGUAUUUAGAAGGCGGAGCAGGGGGGAAGGUUGGGUGGCGGUUGCGCGGGUGGGGGUGGCGCGGGGGGGUGCCUGAGUUUUGUCCUGCCUAGGGCAGCACAAAACCAGGAUACACCACUGUAUGUGUGUGUAUAUCUAUAUUCAUAUCCAUCCAGGUAGCAUAGAGAUGGCAAUUCCAGGACUGCAAAGGUAUUAAAAGUAAAACUUAACUUUUAUUUUUCACAGUUAAUAGAUCGAUGUUUCAAUCGGAUGUUUCAGCGGUUUUGUUUAUUAGAAGUACAAGAACUAUAAAAGCAAUUUAAAAAGAAUAAAUAAAAAAACCCUCCUGGAAUGCUGUUUUUUUUAUUUCUUUCUAUUAGAGCCUCUGAAAACACAGGGUUUUGCGAUUAUUUGUGUGCAUGUUGGGAGUGCUCUACAGGCUUCUUGUAACUCAGUGACCAUAGAACUGUUAAUAUAAGGUCACCUUUACAAGGGUAAUUGUGUGUAAUGGAGACUCAUUGCUAGUCUUCCUACUUAACUCUUUACACUGACUCGCUGAUUCUUUUGUCAUAGGGCUCUGCUUGCAGUUUUUCCACCAGCAGUAAUCACUACGCUAAAUUCUACAGUGAUCCAGUGCAAGCCGUAAUAGACAUACCAGCCGGAUCAACGCUACUUGUUGGUGGUAAAUAUCAUUGUCCCUUAUUAUCUGUCUGUAAUAAUGUCAAGUCAUUUUACACUUUCAUAUCAAUUGUCUGCAGUAGAAUAGUUUUAUUUUAACAGUUUUUUUUUUUUUUUAAAGGAAUAAAGAUGAAUCCCUUUUAACCUGCUGUCUCAUUUAUUAUGUGUAUCGGUCAUUCAAAAACCUCUUUGUGGUACUGUAUGGAAUUUACAUUUCAGCUGUAUGUAACAUUCUGAGAUAUUUUGAUGAUGUCACUAAUCUUCGAGGAUUCUCCCCAAAAGCAAAGCAGGGCAAUUCUAAAUGCUCUCAGCCAAUGAGUGAAGGCUUGCAUUGGCCAUGCUUUGUCUGUCUGUAGAGACAUCUGGCUUCUCUUACUGGAGAAAACCAGAUGCAGCACGGGCAGUUGCAGAAGAGUUGCCAAACUGUUGUAAAACAGAUUAGUAAGUUACAUUAGGAUGGCACAGAUCACUCAGCUCUCAUGUGUCUAAAAAUUUAGCACAUACUCCAGCACAGCCUAUACUGCAGUGACAUAUAGCAUGAUAAGAAAUACUGUGUGCUGACACUAAAUCGCAGAUGCUACCUCGUGAGGCAAAGUGCUUCAAUGUCCCCAGUUAUAUAUUAGGAGGGCUCUGUCAAUGAGAGGGCAAAUAGCCCGAAAUAUCCUCAGUAUUAUUAUAAUUUAUAUUCCGCAGCGCUUUACAAUAAAUGAGACAAUUACACAGUGACUCAGGAACAAUAGGUAGAUGAGGGCCCUGCUCAAACGAGCUUACAUUGUAGGGGAGAUGGGGUACAAAUUCACAACAGGACAGCAAGGGUGGCAGCCACCAAACAAGGUGGAGUGUGGCUAUUUAGGAGAGCAAGAGACUGACAUAGAUAAGUGUAUAUAAGUUACUCUGGGAGUCCAUAAGCAUAUUGGGUUAGUACCAGCUACUGUACCAAGGAUGACAACCUGCAAUCCAUUCUGAUUCUGUAGUGUCUUGAUAUUUAACACUGGGCAGUGAUGACCUCUCUAUUCACUAAACAGAUGCAAUAUGUUAUGUUGUCUAUUACUACUGUACUUCUAAGGCAAAUUAUGCUGCUGUGAUCUAAGAAUAUGAUAACCCCUGUGAGUUAAUGAACUGAAUAAAUCUAGACUUCUGUAAUUAUAAUUUUACGUUUGUUGCUAUAUGUGACAUGCAUCUUUUUUAAUACUAUCACGCUUAGUAAGAUACAGAAAUACAUAAUCAACUGACUCUUCCUCGUGGAUGUCCCCUGUGUGUAUUAUGCAUGAUCAGCUAACAAAACAAACAUGUUUCUAAAUAUUUGUAUUUUUUUCCCCGUGUCAUUUGACUUACAGGCAAUAACAGGUAACUAUAGCGUACAUCUAUCACAUUGUUAUUGAUUUUGUACCAGGAAAAUGUAUUAAUUAAAUUUGUAUGCAUACUUGUAACAAAUAUUGCCAUGUGAUAGUGGGGGACAGAGUCUCUUUUUAAAGUGAAAGGUUAUGAACCAUUUACUUUAUAUAAUGGGAUAUCAUGGUGUUUAUCUAUUACUUGGCUCCUAUCCAGCAUCUCUUGCACUGCCAUCGUACAAGCUUCACCCUCUGUCUCCUGUGUCCAGCUCCAUCCAAUAUAAUUAGUCCUGGGUGGUAACAUUUCCCCCAAGCAGGCUGCCCCCCUCUCCUAAGAAGUUUCUGCACUGGUGUCAGAAUGAAGUCCUGUCAAAUUACAUGCUUGCGAGAGGAAUAAUCACAGCAACUACAUGUGCUUUGUAGGUAUGCUGUUCGCAUGUACAGGGGGUCAUUAUUGAUGGUUAUUGUGUAUUUUGUCUUGUAGGAUUUGGUUUGUGCGGCAUUCCAGAAAACCUUAUCGCUGGGCUUCUUAAAACUGGCAUCAACGGAAUCACAGCUGUCAGCAACAAUGCUGGGUAAGUACAGGAGUAAUGGACAGAGUGUAUAAAAAACUUUUAUUUAUGUAGCCGUAACAGGUCAUAUUUUAGCAGAGAAACUGUGUAGAAAGUGGAGUAGAUAUAGUGUAUACAUUUGAGCUUGCACAAAUAGCAGUUUAGUAGAAGGGAGGUACAAGAAGUGUAGUAACUGUUGUUUGUAAUCCAUAAGGCUUACAGAAGACCUUUUUGGCAUUAGCCCCUUUUCAAGAGACUGCGGGCCCUCUAAAACUAAAACACAAUUAGUCUGCAUUUCAGACAAGUAUAACUGUCCUUUGACUGUUUCAGCACAAGCAGUAGUUUAACUAUACCAUAAUUUGAUUAAUAAUUUACCAGUGUUCUGUACAUCAUAUCCUAAUGAGGUAGCUCUAGGCAGCCAUAGUAUGAGAUAAAUGAAUAGAUAAGUACGAAAUUCACUGUAAUCAAGAAUUAAGAGAGCUUUGUUUAGAUAAUGAGCAGAUUAGGGGUGUUGGGGUUUAUUUCUCUUUCUUUUUCAUUUUCAGUAAGGUCUAUAAAUAUGCUUGCUUAUGGUAGAAUCCCUCCAUGAUACGUUUAACUUUCUGCCAAUUGAUUACACUUUACAGAGCUUGCACUAUACUUUCCUCUUGCAUUCCAAAAAAAAUAAAUGUAUUUACUUAUUUUAAAAAAAAAAAUGCUCCAACAGCGAUCUAUUUGUAGACUUCCCCCAUUUAACAACUACACCACACCAGGCUAAAAGCUUGAGUCACUUACUGGAAAAUAACCAUUGCAGUGUGCUGUAGUGGUUAUGGUGUCAGGAAGUCCCUCAUAUGGCUGCCAGAUUGACAGUCACUAGAUUUGUUUCUAGGCAUUAUUAUUAUUAUUAUUAUUAUUAUUAUUACCACCUUUUAUAUAGCGCCAACAGAUUCCGUAACGCUUUACAAUAUUAUGAGAGGGGGAUUUAACUAUAAAUAGGACAAUUACAAGAACGAUAGGUUGAAGAGGACCCUGCACAAACGAGCUUAAAUUCUAUAGGAGGUGGGGUGUAAAACACAAUAGGACAGGAAUUUGCAAUCAAAUUAAGGUGAGAGUGAGGCAGAGCUGGAGGAGAGAAUAGAGUGCUGCCCUUUAGGAGAGAGCAAGAGACAGGUAUGUAAGGUAGAGGUUACUCUGGGAGGCCAUAAGCUUUCCUAAAUGCCUUUUCUCUGAAAAGGCAGCAUACACAGUGAUAAAUGGCAGGGACAGACUAUAGACACCACAACCACUACAUUAAGCUGUAGUGUUUUUGGUGACUAUAGUGUUUCUCUAAUUGAGAUGAAGUUGUUAUAGGGGCUGGGAUAAGUGGGGACUGUGCUUUUAGUUUGCUGAUCUAGACUGCACUGUCUACAUACUGUUCUAACCUCCCCUCCCUAUUUGUAUAACCUUUUCUAACAAAAAAUGGAAAAUUAGAGGUGUCUAAUGAUGCACUUGUGCUGCCGAGGACAGUUGGGAAGAUCAGGGACCAAAAUCGAGACUGGAAACGAGGACCCCGAAAAUGAGACUCUUGGGAAGUCUGCUAUAUUAUUGAUGGAAAAUUAAGACAUAGAAUGUAACUUACUUUUUUAUGAUAUAAGCAAAACCUAAUCAUGCAAUGUCAUUUUGUACAGACACUGGCAGUUUCCCAGAAACUUGCACUCUUUGUAAACCUGGACUGUCUCUUCCUCACCGCCUAUACCUGGGAGGGUUUAGCAGUAUAAAGUCACACAGCAGUGGAGAUCUUUCAAUAUUUUAUUAUGGAUUCAUGCUGUUUCUGAGCUCAUGAAAAGCUUUCUAUUUUUUUCAUCUUUCUUUAACAAAAUAGCUUUUUCCAGUACUUGAUUUUUCUACUUUAUUUUUUUUAUUCUCUGUUUGAAUAAGCUUUUUGGUAGAUUCAGUUAGCUAAUAUGCAUGAUAAGAGAGAAGAUAAGUGAUUGGAAGAGAGGUAAUAUAAUCUGUGCAAUAUAUAGCCACUGUUCUAUCCUUGGAACAUGUGCAUGCAUGUAAAACAGCUGCUCAUAGUAACCUAGUCAGUUUACUUUUGCCUAAUUGCAAAAAUAAAGUGUUUUAUAAUUGUCCCUGCGUGGGGUAAAAAACCCAAGAUGCACCCGUUUUCCUCUCCAAUCCAUCUACAAGGAUAUGACUUAGUCAAUGGGUGCAAAUAAAGUUUUUAAAUAUGUACAGUACAUAUUCACACACAUAAUUACAAACAGGUACAGCGUUUUGGCCAGGCUUAAUUUUUUAUCAAUAUACGACAUGCCAGUUCCCCAUAUAGGUCAUUAUGAUGUUUUGGCUGUAAGUUGCAGUGUGCACCUCAGGUUUUUUUGUUGCAUGAAAAGAGACACGUUGUUAGUAGAAGCACGAUCGGCAUCAAAAUUAUUAGGGACCUUUACAUAACCACUGGGAAGGCACACACAUAUAUAUAUAAUUACACUUCAUGUAUGUGGCAUUGUGCACAUAUUGCUGUGCUCACAUUUGCACUUAAGAACAUGAUCGUUGUGAUUGCAUUUUGCACUUUUAUGCACAUCAUUAUGUGCACAGGUUUGCACUUUUUUUUAUAUGCAUUAUGUAUUUUGCACAUUAUUUGUGUUCACAUUUUUGUAUUUCAUCCUUCAGGUAGAUAAAAUGAGUACCAUUUUAAAUUGGGUAAUAACAACCCCUGGAUGUUGGGCUAUGGUAACAUCCCCAGGACGUACUUGAAAACCAGAAUAAUCUGAAUGUAAUCUGGUUAAAUACUUUAUUAUUUGCACAUAUUGUGCUUAAAUUUUGCCCUUGCCAUAUGGGCACUUUCUUUGCACUUUAUGUAUAUGUGUCAUGUUCUUAUGAUUUGCACUUAUGCAUGUGUCUUUGGAUUCACAUUAAAAUGAUCCUAUAGUGCCAGGAAACAGCUAUUUCCUGGCACUAUAGGUUUAAAAGGUGCCCCCCUCCUGGGGGGGCUGAAUGAAUUACCUGAAUCCAGUGCCGAUGUCCCUCGUAGCAGGGUCAGGUUCCGUACUUGCUCCUCCAUGCUGACUUAAACCGGCGGGGGAGACUUAAUGCGCAUGUGCGGCAAUGGCCGUUCUCGCAUUAGCAUUUCCCCAUAGGAAAGCAUUAUUCAAUGCUUUCCGAUGGGGAAAAUCUGAUACUGGAGAUCCUUGUGUAGAGCGUGAGGACGUCCAGUGUCAGAUAACGGACCAAAGGUCCAUUUCGAUUCCGGAAGCGCCCUCUGGAACUGCAUUGUUUAAAGGACCACUAUAGUGCCAGGAAAACAUACUCGUUUUCCUGGCACUAUAGUGCCCUGAGGGUGCCCCCACCCUCAGGGACCCCCUCCCGCCCGGCUCUGGAAAGGGGAAAGGGUUAAAAACUUACCUUUUUCCAGCGCUGGGCAGCUAGCUCUCCUCCUCCGAUCCACCCCGUCGGCUGAAUGCGCACGCGCGGCAAGAGCUGCGCGCGCAUUCAGCCCGUCGCAUAGGAAAGCAUUUACAAUGCUUUCCUAUGGACGCUGGAGUGCUCUCACUGUGAAAAUCACAGUGAGAAGCACGCAAGCGCCUCUAGUGGCUAUCCAAUGAGACAGCCACUAGAGGAUUAGGGGGAAGGCUUAACCCAUUCAUAAACAUAGCAGUUUCUCUGAAACUGCUAUGUUUAUAAAAAAAUGGGUUAACCCUAGAAGGACCUGGCACCCAGACCACUUCAUUAAGCUGAAGUGGUCUGGGUGCCUAGAGUGGUCCUUUAACAUUGCAGCACUAAGUGCAAUAGGGUCACAUCACCCAGACCACUUCAAUGAUAUGAAGUGGUCUGGGUGUCUACAGUGUCCCUUUAAUUACUUUUAUGUCCCAUAAUUAAGAUAUAUUAGGAUUGGGUAUUUAUUUGCACUAGUAUAUUAACUGUAUGGUAGUUGGUGCACUUAUUGCACAGGUACAGUGGUUUUACGGAAUAGAAUUUAUUUAGUAUGUGGUUAUGGGUUGUGUGUUGACUUUUUUUUAUUUUUAUAUAUAUAUAUAUAUAUAUAUUAGGCACUAUUGUAUAAUGUCUGUAUUUUUAGGCUGGAAACUGGUAGUAAUGAAGGAUUGUAUUCUUGUGUAUUAGGGAAUUGUGGUAUUAAGUACAGAUUGGAAAGCUUACCUGUGGAAGUACAUUUUUAAAUAGUAAAUAGUGUGUAUAUAUAUAUAUGUGUGUGUGUGUGUGUGUGUGUGUGUAUAUUAUAUAUUUUUUUUAUAAAUUACAGCUGCAUUUUCUCUUGAGGUCAACUGUGUUUCAUUGCCUUUUGUAUGCACAUGGUAUGGUUAUAAAGUUGAUUAAAAAAAAAAAAAAUUUAUAAAAAUAUAUAUAUAUAUAUAUAUAUAUAUAUAUAUAUAUAUAUAUAUAUAUAUAUAUAUAUAUAUCUAUAUAUCUAUAUAUCCAGCGCACUCGCUUAUUCACUAAACAAUGAUUUCAGAUCUUAGAGAUUGUAAUAGUUUUAUUUAAAAACACCUCACCUAGGCAAAAAAACGAUGCCUAGAUGAAGUGUUUUUAAAUAAAACUCUUAUAAGAUUUGAAAUCCUUGUUUAGUGAAUAAGCGAGUGCACUGGAUUCUGUAUGUUGUAUAUUUUGGCCCCAGUAGCACCCUAUAAUGUAUGCAUGUUCAGGUGAGUGCAGCCCUCUGGGUUUCUUUUAUAUAUUUGGGAGUCCCAGGCCAACUCCUUAGUUAUGCACCCCUCCUUGUCACAGGUGCCUCAUUCCAGGGCCCUAUUUAGCCUUGACUUGCAGAGAGUCCCAGUAAGGAAGUAUUUCCCAAGUAAGUGGAUUAAUCUCAUAAGAGCAAGCAUUAGGCUGCUACUAGGAUAGGACCUGCCGAACAUGGGGUACUUUGACGUAGUUGGCAGGCUUAUGCAAUGUAUGAUCAUAUAAUGUAACUAAACCCCCAUCAUUUUUUGCCUAGGUGAGGUGUUUUUAAAUAAAACUAUUACAAUCUCUAAGAUUUGAAAUCAUUGUUUAGUGAAUAAGCGAGUGCGCUGGAUUCUGUAUUUUGUAUAUUUUGGCCCCAGCAGCACCCAAUAAUGUAUGCAUGUUCAGGUUAGUGCAGCCCUUUUGGAUAUGGAUAUAUAUAUUUCUCAUAAUUACACACUUCCAGAUGCGCACUGCUAGACACACAAGCAUAUACUUGUACACCUUUCCGCACAUACACAGGUACACUGUGCAACGCACUUAGCAACACACACUCACACAAAUAUAUUUACAUUUAGCUGGUCGCGUCCACCUUCAUUAUUCUUAACUUUUUCCAGCAGAGUGUGACUUCCCUGGGGUUCAGCGGGCGGAGCUGUGCUACAAGUUGUGGGCGGCCCUUCUUCCAGUUUCCACUAUGUGCAAGGAGGAAGGGAUAUACUAUUACUUACUCCUAGUACUUCUGUAUAGGAAGAGAAUGGUACACUCCACAUGAUUCUGUAACAGGCCUAGCCCAGUUAGGGAAGACAUUUUAUGUGUUACCAACUGGACACCGUAAUGGAAUAUCGGCUGUACCCCCAUUAUGGUGGCCGUGGGUACAUGAAACAAAGAUUUAGUAAGUGGGAAAAUAAGCAUCAACAAGAGGCCUGGACACAUCUAAUUUAAUCCAGGCUAUAGUUUAUUAUUAUUAUUAUUAUUGCCAUUUACAGAGCCCCAACAGAUUCCGUAGCGCUUUACAAUAUUAUGAGAGGGGAUGUAAUUAUAAAUAGGACAAUAACAAGAAAACUUACAGGAACAAUAGGUUGAAGAGGACCCUGCUCAAACGAGCCUACAGUCUAUAGGAGGUGGGGUAUAAAACACAUUAGGACAGGAAAUAUCAAUCAAAUAAGGUGGGAGUGAAGCAGAGCUGGAGGAGAGAGUAAAGAACUGCCCUAUAGGAGAGAGUAAGAGACAGGUAUGUAAGGUAGAGGUUACUCUGGGAGGCCAUAAGCUUUCCUGAAGAGAUGGGUUUUAAGGCCCUUCUUAAAUGAUUGAAGAUCAUUCUCGCUGGAGAAAGAGGUAAGUUUAACCCUUUCCUCCACCUAGAGCCUGGCGGGAGGGGGACCCUGAGGGUGGGGGCACCCUCAGGGCACUAUAGUGCCAGGAAAACAAGUGUUUUCCUGGCACUAUAGUGGUACUUUAAAGUUGCAUAUCACCACUGGUUGAUGUUGUAUUCUAAAGUGGGGUAUGGUGAGUUCCUCGGUUUAUACAGUUUCUUAGAGUGAGGGACGAAUUUUAAGAUUUUUGUGUCUACCUAGACUUUAAUCACCCAUUGCUUCAAAAUCCCACUUAAAAAGAACCCUGUUUACUGGCCAGGCUUUGUUUUUUUCCAUGUAGGCAUUAGUGUGCCACAAAUGUGUCAACUUGUUUUUGAAGCCGUUGUCAGACAUUGUGUCAUCAGCUGAAAUAUAUUCUGGAAAGUUAUUGUGUUUCAUUAUAACCAUUGUUGGGUUUGUGAAAUCCUCUUAUUCAGAAUACCUUAAUUUAAUAGUCCUUAUAAAAAAAAAAAAUCAGCCCAUCCUUUUACAUAUGAAGUAAAUAAGUAAUUGGCCUUACGCUAUUCAUGAUUGCUUGGUGUGUGCCUGUGUGUGUAUAUAUGUUUUUAUUCUAUAAUAUGUGACUGAAAAGGGGACGAGGGGAUGAUGGAAAAUGACCUUUCUGGCACCUCAGCGAAUAAAGCUUAAUCCAACCAUGUAUUGGAUUUAGCAUUUUUGUAGCAGUAACGGAGACAUUUGAUAAUACAGACUGUGACUGCUGUGCCAAGUAUUUUCAUGUCAAUGGUUACUCUGUACAUGGGAUUUGCCUUUGUUCCAGUUUAUGGGUUUAAUCUUUGAUAUUGGCAUCUUGUAUGGAAUUGCACAAGGCUUCUAAUAAAAUGGCAUAUUGUUAAAAAAUAAAUAAAUAAAAAACUGCUUAUAUUGCUCCCUAGAAUGAAAUAAAACUGGUGCCCCUGCUUCAUAGUUUAAUUGGCAUUUUAUCAAACAUUCAGAUUCCACAUUGCAUUAUGCAACUGUUUUUACAUCCUGAACAUAGUCUUAAAUGGAAACCAGGAGACUCAUAACCUAAAUACAAAGUUAUAAAAAUAUUUUAAAAACAUUACAAACAAACCAAAAAACAACCUUUAAACUAAACUAUUCCUUAAAACCGCAUUACAACUUUUUUUUUUUUACAUUUUUGCUCUGUGUAAGAAAUAGUAAGAACUACUUUUUGCCAUGGGGAGUUUGUGGUUUUUUUUUUGUCCGUUCCCUUUUAGUUGCUAAGCUACUCAAUCAGUUAAAAGGAUCCCACAAACGGGCAAACUGCAGACAUUUUGAACAGAGGAGAACAAAAUGGAGGCACACAGGCAUUGAGAUCUGGUACAAGCCUGUGCCCAAAUGCUGCCUGGCUUUCUCCUUAAUGCUGAUGUCUUGUUCUUUACAUAUUUAAAAUAGUUGUAAUGUUAAUCAACAAGAAAAUGGUCAUAUGUUUUUUUUAUUUUUUAUUAUUAUUUUUUUUUUAUUUUUUUUUGUGUGCAAUGCAGCAGUGCCAUUUGCUGAACACUGCCUAGAAAGGAGGAGGGACAAAACGUGAUGUAUUGAGCUGUGAUAUCACACAGUUCUGUUCAGGAACCACCAAGAAUGAAGAGUAUUUUAGUAUGGGGAGUACAACAGAGAAGGUAGGGGUAUUUUAGGCUAAAGAGCUGUAUUAUGCCCAAUAGUUGUUUUAAUGGAGAUAUGGCAACGUGACCUUCUUGGCAUGUUCACAUUUAAGGAUCACUAAAGUCGCCAUAAUCACUUCAUCUUAAUGAAGUGGUCUGGGAGCAGUGGCUUUGUCAUUUUACCCUGCAAUAUAAAAUAUUGCAGUUUUGUAGAAACUACAAUAUAUACAUUGCAGUGUUAAAUAUGUCUAAAGUGGCUGUCAUACUUCCUCAUCCAGAAACAAGUGAAACUCUGUCCCGAAAUCAAAUGCUGUUGAUGGCAGCAUUUGAUUGGAGGAGUGCGGUGUUUGGCUGCUCAUGCCCAUUUCCAAUCCAUCCAAUGGAUUGGAUUAGAUUGCGGGUGAUGUCAACCUGGAUGCGGACAUCACCAUUGGAGGAGCUGGAUACUGCAGUGGAGUCCCGGCACUGGAAAUAAACUAAUUUUGUCUCAUUUAACUUAAUUUUACUAAUCAAAGGGGUGGACACUAGUCACUUCACUAUAAGGUAACCUCUAGUCCUGAAAUAAUGAUAUUUUCAUAAAUGUAGGUACCCUUUAAGAGAACACUCUAAACACUGUUCCUUUCUAUUUAUUGCUCCAGGAGCAGCCUCUUUUCACUCAAUGGAGGAAUGUACACUCCGUCUUGGCCUUACAAAAUUUCACAUGGCAUGCACACAGUGCAAGUUAGUGGCCUUGGCAAACACUGUGCACAACCCCGAUCACAAAACUGUGCAAGGGAUGUCUCUGAAAUGCUGCUGUGGUCUGACCUAAAUACUUUGUAAACCGCUGCCAGAUUUUAAUAAACCACAUAUUCUUGGAAAAACCAAAAUAAGAUGUUUAAUGUUUUGCACUUUGCAGCGUUGAUAACUUUGGCUUGGGUCUCCUGCUUAAGACAAAUCAAAUAAAGCGAAUGGUCUCUUCGUACGUGGGAGAGAAUGCUGAAUUUGAAAGGCAGUAUCUUCAAGGAGAGCUAGAGGUGGAGCUGGUACCGCAGGUAAUGAACUGUGCUGGCAGACAACGUUAAGUAUUUUUUGGACGUUUCUCAUUUAAUCAUUACUGCACAUAAAUAAAAAGUGACUUGACUUGGUACAAAAUUCAGAAAGAUCUCUAUAACAUUCCCUAAGCUCCUGUUGAGAACUUCAGUUUUGAACACAAAAAUAAAUUGGCUAAGUUGUUUUCUUUAUGCUAUUAAAGCAACACUCAAAGCACCAUAAACACUACAGCAUACUGCCCUUGCAUCCCCCAUAUAGAUCAUCAAACGGUUCUGCUAUCUAACUGACAACUUCUCUAGGGACUGCCGGUCACCUCCUCUGAGAGCUGGAAACUCUCUCUAAGCCAAGCCUGGUGGCUCUCUGAGCUGGCCCUACAUGCCAAGGUUUAGCUUAGAAGAGCUAUGGAGCUUCUGGCUCUUGGUGGAAGAAGUGACAUCACCUGACAUAACUGUUGACAAAUUGUUUGAGUACUUAAAUUGUGGGGGCAAUGGAUAGGUGCCAGGAUGUUCAUGGUGCCAUAACAGUGUACUGUUGUGGUUAUGGUGCUUGAAGUGUUUCUUUUAAACACUCUGCAUUUUUCUUGGUUACCAUUUUUUGCGAUUAUGGUACCAAGUCUUGAGCAAUUUGGUAGUCAUUUUUUUUGAGUAGUGAUAGGCAAUCUUUUAUUACAACUUUGACGUUGGGUACCAGCUGUUUGUUCUGUGAAUGCAUGUGUGUGGGCUGUCUGGGAUUUUGUGUGUGGUGUGUAGGUAGGUUGCUUACAGUAUUUGUGUGUGUGUGUGGCAUGAGGGGCUAUCUGUGAUGUUGUAUAUGAUGGCUACUUGUGGUCACACACAUAACGACAUCUGUAUAUAGUGUUAUGAAUGUUGUGGAAAUGACCUGACCAGAAGUGCCAGAUCGCAAACCCACUGGACACCAUAGGCAGUCGAGACACUUGGGCACUUUGGGCCAGCUGGAGGGAUGUUUUAAUCUUUCCAUUUGGAUCUGCAGACUCGUGUGCCAUAGGUUGCUGACCCUGUUCUACAGUAUAAUUGUUAGCCCAUGGUGCUUCUUACAAACUGAAGUUCUACACAAACACAUUUGUUUAAUAUAGAGGUGAUGUAAACCUAUGAAAACUCUUGGAAAGUUACCUUUCUCUAUUAAAGUCCAAUUGCUGGAACGUCAGAGGAUCCCCUAGGUACAAUGUAACAUUUUAUUGAAUUAGAUUUGCUGCCUUGUCUAAGUGCAAUAACCAGUUCUUAUAAAGUGUUCUGCUUUUAUUUUUAUAUUUUUUAUUUUUUUCACCAGGGAACGCUUGCAGAGAGAAUUCGAGCAGGUGGAGCUGGGAUUCCAGCAUUUUUUACACCCACAGGUUACGGCACUUUAAUCCAAGAAGGGGGAGCACCAAUAAAAUAUAAUAAGGAUGGCACCAUUGCAAUAGCGAGCCAAGCUAAAGAAGUAAGUCCUAUUUAUUUUGUCCCUUUCUUAUUCAUUUUUACUGCUCCCAAGGCACUAAUAAAAUAAACACUUCUAAAAUAUAUUUGCUGCUGGCAGAGAAAGCAAGGGCUCAUAAAUGUAGUAAUUGUUAAAUAAAAUAUAAAUAUUUGCUGCCCUCCAGUGGCAGCCUUAGCUCAAGCUUGGAGCGCUGGAUUGUUUGCUUAUUAGUAGUUUUUAUAUAUUUGUUCUAUCACUUGAAAUCGAAUUUUUUACGAAUAGCUAUAAAUGUGUCCAGAAAUUUAAGGACCAGUUUUGGUCUGUAACUCUGUGUCAUCAUAACAUGUUUUGUAAAGUGACACUGCGAUCAUCCUCUGCAUUAGAGCUCAUAGUAUAGGUAGGUUAUGGUGUAAAGGGUCUGUUGGCUUUGCACACCCAGUUAUGGUCACAGACCUAUUUUGAAGUUGUUUAACAAAACCUGGAUUUUUUUUUGAUUUUUUUUUUUUUUGGGUUUCUGAUUCUCUGGUACUGCAAUCCAUGUGCAAUAUUUACUAUGGUUGGAGGAAAGCGACGGAUUGUUCUACCCAAACUGCGCAGAUUAUAUAAGUUUGACAGAAGGAGGCUGCACGAGUUGUCCCAGCUAUCUGUCUGCUUCCUUUGACCAUUUUCACAAGUGUAUAAUCUUGACCCAAAACUUACCAUGAUCUCUACAUGACACGUACUCAUCAGUCAUAACCUGGUGGCUUUGACCUCCCAUAACACAGUCACCUGUGAAAUUCCAGUGGGCCAGUCCAGACCUGGAGAGCAUUAGAAAAUUGGGUCAUCAGCUGGAUCACACUCAUGGUGCUGUGUUUGAAAGCCCUGCAUGGACAAGAUGGCAGUGAAAUUUAUUUUUUAUUAAUUUACUAACCCCUCAUAAAUGGCCUAAUACAUUCUAAUUGUAUUGCUUUGCUUAUGUAUACAUUGUGUGUUGUGGUUUUAUUGUAUUUUUUUUAUUCCAUGCCCUUUACUUAAAACACAUGAGUGUGCUCAGGGAGUAAUUUGUGUGUACUGUGUUAGUAAUUUAUUAAAAUACUAAUGCACAUGUAGCUUUUUCUUGUGGUCUCUUAAUAUAUAAAAGCAUUAUGAAUUGUAGGAUUCGUAAAGUGGCAGUGAAUGUUUAAUUACUUAGACUAGGGAUAGCACAUUUAGAGAUGUGUUCUACACUAGUGUUGGGAUUUGUAACAGGUACCCCCACACACAUACCAAGAGGCACAUUAAUAUUUUUUUGUGGUUACCCAAUGAAAAAACCUAUAUAUGUCAUAGAAUUUGGAAAUAAAACAUUCAGACUGACACGUGUUCCAUGUGAUACAUCACUUUUUGAAUGACAAAUGUUUACAGUGUUAUUCACUAAACCAUGAAUUUUAAGGAAUUCACAAAAGAAUUGCAAAGUAUAGGCAAUUUUGAAACAUUUACCAACUGUGAUUUUUUUUUUUUUUUUUUUAAAUGCUCUGGUCAAUUCUUUACCAUUCCCUAUUUUUAUAUUCUAACUUUAAAAGCAAAGCACAUUAAAGGAGGUUAGAUCUUUCACUAGGUGGUGGUAUUGGACCAGUAAAAUUCUGUUUAACCAUGAUGUGUGUUUUAAUUAAGCACUCUGUCUGACGGAGUAUAGCAGACUGAUAGAACACCCCCCCAUCCCUGAAACAGAUGUUUUGUUGUAAUGUAUCACUGUUUACAUCUUAAUGCUGACAAUCUUUAUAUACAAUGGGGUAUAAGCUGUGACCUGCAGUGUUUGUCCUCUUAUUUGUUGCAGAUACUGGGUACAUGGCAGUCUUGAAUAGCAUUACUUGUUUUAUUAUUAUUUUUUUUUAUUUUAAAUUCUUCCUAUAUGUCAUACAGACUUCUCUGAUUUCAAACACUGUUAAACUUUAACUUUAUUAUACAAAAGACUGACCCUGACACAAGUAAAACUUUUUGUUUGAUUUAUCUAGUAGUUCUGUUUUAAACAUUUCUAUUCCUCGUCAAAGGGUUACUCCAACCCCUUGACCAUUUCAAUACAGAGUUUAACACCAUUGCAGACAAAGGAAAUUGAGACUGCGUGUUUAUUCUAUGCACAGAAUGUCAAUCAUUGUCUAAGAGCAGUCAGCUGACACUCUCAGACAAUGAAUAAACGGUGGGAUUGGCAUCGGGCGUCUGCAGCUCUGGGACCCUUUGCACCAAGGGAUCUGGUAAGAGGGCAAGUCCUAGUAAAAUGUUUGCCCAUUAGCGGGGGAUGGUACCAGAUUAUUCCUACUAUGAAAGCCACUAUUGCAGGUAGUGAUGGGUGGAUUAUCGCUUUAAUGCUAGUUAUAAAGCAAAUAUUUAGCAACAUUACGUGUCAUGUGUUUAUUGAAUGCAUUGAUGCAACUUUUCCUUGUAUGUGAACUUAUGGCACGCCGAGCCCUCUGUGGGCAUGCAGCCAUAGGUCGCUGGAUCGCUUAUGGGGUUGCGCAGCAGACAUCGGUCAGCAGCCUUAGGCUCCCCCAGGCGGCAAUGCAGAGUAGGCGUGCACCUGCCUGCCCAAAACGGCAGGCGCCUACUACGCUUUUGUAUCUGUGGGUGAGUCGGAUGGAGGACUGUGAGAGAGCACUAACUUACCUGCUGUUCCAGCACAGCUCCCUCCGCUGAUGCCGCCGGGAGACUGGAAAUGACGUCAAUCAGGCACGGCUGCCUGAUUUACGUCAUUUCCGGUCUCCUGGCAGUAUAAGCAGAGGUCGCAGAUGGAGCAGUACUGUAACAGCAGGUAAGUUAGUGCUCCCACACCCCCUCACAGCAGUGGGAAGGAAUCUGAUCCACCAGGUAGGGAGCCUCGGGGGACUUCAAACCCCCCACCCGCACCAAAUUUUUUUUUAACAUUAUCUGUGCUGGGAGGGAAUGGGGGAUAUGCUUGGGGGAGAGAAGGAUAAUUAGUUUGGGCAACUGUAGGAGUUGUUUUUUCUAAACUUAAACCUCAGUAUUUAGGUUUAAUUGCCCUGUUGGCACUUUGAAGAAAAAAAGUUGUCGUGUAUUGCGGUUUGGGCACUCUGACUCAAAAAGGUUCGCCAUCACUGCUCUAGGGUAAUCUGCCCCUGUCACCUGAAAUUUUCUUUACAUGAAUCUGUUUAAUAAAAUUAAAUAAUAAAAAUCCUACUAGCAUAUAUUUAUACUAUAACCUAGAUAUUGUACCAAUUAAGACCUGGCAGUUACUAUGUGUGGAGGUGGCUGUCAAGGACACUCAUUGCAGUGACUGUUCCUACUGUAAAAAAAAAAAAAAAAAAAAAAUAGCUUCCAGGCCUGUUCUGUGAGCAACCAAUUAAAACCGACAUUCAAACCGAUGAGCUGUGUUACUCGCGGUCUGUCAUUAGUAUGAGGUUAUCAAUUAAUCCAUCGUUAAUAUAAAAAUUGCAAGCCAACUACUGAACAGUUUUAAAAUAUAUCAGCACACGAUCCAUGUGGUUUCUGUUUUUGUUUUAACUACUUAAUAGAAAAGUAUCUGGUGACAGUCACAUUAAGGGUUGUAGAUUUUGUUUAUUUUCCAUUCCCCCCCCUCUUUCCUACCAAAACAGGUAUUGAGAUUUGUGAGAUGCUGUUUUCUUAUGACUAUGUAUGAGUUUGUAUGGUAAUUUUUGUAGAGACUUCAUACACCAUUUUCAUGUUCUACCCUCCAUCUAGGUCAAGGAAUUUAAUGGGAGACAUUUUGUUAUGGAGACCUCCAUUACUGGAGACUUUGCAUUGGUAAAAGCUUGGAAAGCUGAUCGUGCGGGAAAUGUUGUGUUCAGGUGAGAAUUUAGCCUCCAGUCAUCAACGAACUUCUUGGAGAUAAACUGUGAUGGGAAGUGUGUAACACAGAGAAAGAUGAGAUUAUUCGUAUAUUUUAUGACUUUUUUUUUUAUUUUUAUUUUAUUUAUUUUUUUAUGAUUUAUGCCACCUACAUAUUCUGCGGCUCUUUAAAAUUAUAGGACAUAUUAGAGGUGAAAAAGGCCCUGCUCAAAAGAGCUUACAAUUUAUGAAUACCCAAGACAAUAAAAAAACCUACCUCUAACAGUCCCAUGUUUGCAGACACCAUGCAGGUUUUCAUUUAUUAAGAAUUCUGAAUGGUGCUACUAGUGCUUAUUGAAACGGCUUGUUUGUUUAUGUGUAUGUAGAUGUCGUGCAGCUUGAAUUGCUCUGAUCACAUCCAUAGUUGUGCAUGUUUGAAGUAUGUGUUUAGACUAGAGCAAGAUCAUAUUUGUACAAAAGGAAGUAUCCAAAAAAACUUUUUUUUUAAUGCAAAUUAGUAGGUACUUAACCCCUUAAGGACCAAACUUCUGGAAUAAAAGGGAAUCAUGACAUGUCACACAUGUCAUGUGUCCUUAAGGGGUUAAAGGUACGCAACACUUGAUUAUUGUCACUGUGUCCCUGCCUUCCUUCACAUUCACCCAGAAAAUGCUCGCAAUAAUGAAUCAAUGUAGUAUCAAUGACAAGGCAAGACUAUAAUAAAGGCAUAUUAGUACAUAAUAUACUAUUAAAGAAUGGGCCACUGAGCUAACUUCGCAGUUGAAGAAUGACUCCUCAAGAUAAUUCAAAGUGCGUACUUGGAGUCCCUGCAACAACUUGAAAACUACUGCUCUGUACCUUUCUCUCUCCUUCCACAUCUGCUCUUAUUGCUGAUAGAUGUAUUUCUUUGCAUAUUACCUUAAAUUAAACCAUUUCUGCUGAUAUUUAAUUUACACCCUCUGGCCACAGGGUAAAUAUAGCAUUUAUACAAUGUAUGUAUAUUUCUAUUACUUGUCAUUCAUGAUGAGAUUCCCCCCCACCUCCCCCUUUUUUUUCCCUCAAUUGUCUGUGAAAGUUCAGUUGCCUCAUAGAUGGUUUUGGUCACCAGGGCAACGCUGACUGGCGUAGCCUUGUGACAGAUGCCUGCAGCAUAUCUGGCUUCUGCCUGGCACUGCGCAUUCUAUACAUAUUGAUUUUCUUAAUUUCUGUGUUUGAGGAUCUGACUUGGUUGUCUGCUAGGAAACAAAACAAUGUAUUAAUGCAUUUAAAAGACUGGCAAAAAAAACCUUUUAAAAUACAAUAGAUUUACAAGACGAUUCUUAAAAGAAUGAGAUUAAUCUCGUAGAGCUCUUUUUAACCCUAUAAGGGGGCAUUCUAUACAUUAUAACGCUCUCCGCCCCCCAGCUAUAUUGCAAAUGCAGAAGUUGUACUUCCAACUAAGCAAAAUCAGCUGAGUGUGUCAGCUGACAAAUCAGCCCAAAAAUAUAUUACAAAUAAUAUAUUUUAUUUUCCUUUUUCACAAAAGUAAAGUUGAAACUGGUUAGUAAAAUAAAACACUGCAAUAUAGUGCUAAUGACACAGCAAAACUAGUCUGCCAGCUUGGAUUCAUAUGAUUCCAUUUAGGCUUCUAGACUUUGAACCUUGCCUGCCAUUCAGGGCCGGCGCUUCCGUUAGGCCAUGGGUCAAUGUGGGUGUUUGUCUGUCUGCAUGGGGUCCGUGUCUGUGUCACUGUUUGUGUUAGUUUGCGUGUGUCAGUGAAUUUAUCUGUGCAAGGGUCACUGAUUAUGAGUGUGUAUGUAUGUGUCAGUGAUUGCAUUUGUGCACAAAGCACAGUAUUAAUUAAAAAAAUACUUUUUAAAGGUUUAUUAGAGAAGUGUCUUAGUAGAGAAGUAAAACAAGAGAUUAAAAAUAAGAAAAGGGCAUUUAAAUCAUUUUAAUUGGACAAAUCAGAGGCAUCCUAUAUAAGAUAAAGGGAAGCCAAUAAUGUUUGCAAAAAGGCAAUUAAAGUGGCUAAACUAGAAAAUGAGAAAUGAUAGCCAAAGAAUCCAAAACCAACCCCCAGAAACUUUAACUAUUUUUCUUCCGUAUAUAUUAUUGAGGAUCCUAUGGCAAGAGAUAUGCAAAUGAUUGCUGCAGUAUACUUGCAGAUAGCUGGUGCUUGGAUGACUCGAGACAAGGUGCUACAGCAGUUAAAGUUAUUCACCCACGAUUACUUAAGGAGCUAAGUGGGGAAAUAAGUGAACCUCGGAAUUCAAUUUUUCAAGAUUCUUUUGUUUCAGGUAUUGUACUGGAGGAUUGGAGGAAGGCAGAUGUCGUUCCUAUAUUUAAAAAGGGUUUAAAAUCCUUGCCUGGAAAUUAUAGACCUAUAAACUUAACUUCUGUGACUGAGAAAAUAUUUGAAGGGCUAUUAAGGGACAAUAUUCAGGAAUUCAAUGGUGAAGAACAUGGUUACUGGCGAUAAUCAGUCAUGUCAAACUAACCUAAUUGCAUUCUACCAAGAAGUAAGUAGAAGUAUAGAUCAGGGUGUUGCUGUGGAUGUGAUCUACUUGGAUUUUGGCAAGGCAUUUGAUACGGUUCCUCACAAUAGGUUAGUGUUCAAACUAAGAGGAAUUGGUUUAGAUGAAUAUUCUUGUUCUUGGGUAGAACAUUGGCUUAAGGAUGGAGUACAAUGAGUUGUCAUUAAUGGUCAAUUUUCAUGCUGGACAAAAGUGAUAAGUGGUGUCCCUCAGGGUUCUGUUUUGGGACGGCUUCUAUUUAACAUAUUUAAAAAUGAUGUUGAAAUAGGCAUUGCAAGCCAUGUUUUAGUGUUUGCAGAUGAAACAACUUUGUAGAAUAAUAAAAUGUGAGCAGGAUAUUGCUUUGCUGCAGAGGGAUUUAGAUAGGUUGGGGGACUGGGCACUAAAAUGGCAGAUGAAAUUUAAUGUAGAGAAAUGCAAAGUUAUGAAUUUCGGGCUCAAGAAUGCACAAACAACUUGCACCCUAAAUGGUAGUGAAUUAGGGUAACCACACUCGAGAAGGAUUUGGGAAUUGCUAUAGACAACAAAUUAGGCCGCAAUAUGCUAUGUCAACCUGCAGUUGCUAAGGCCAAUAAGGUUUUGUCAUGUAUAAAUAGGGGCAUAAAUUCUAGGGAUGAAAAUAUAAUUUUGCUUCUUUAAAAAUCGCUUGUCAGACCACACAUUGAAUAUGCUGUGCAAUUUUGGGCACCUGUUCUAAAGAAGGAUGUACUAGUUUUUAACACAAAUUGUUAUUGAGGUUACAAGGUGGUCAUUAGUUGUCAGCAUGCUCGGUGAAUGGAUCAGUGAUGCUUAUGAACAGUUGCCUUAUGCAUUUCUGUAAGUUAUGAGAGAGCCAGAGAACUCUGCAUAACCCUGUUAUCUGCAAAAUUCACAUUGAUUGAUUGUUAUUCAGUAAGGUGAGAAUUGCUGAGAAUUGAAAGUAAAUUCAAAGUCAAAAUAGCCAAGCUGGAUAAUUCUCGGUCAGAUAUUCUUCUUAUUUUGCUAUUUAGGCCUUUUCAAAUUUGACAUUAACUUUUAAAUGAGUGGACAUUUAAGCCACUGCCUGCUCUAAGUGAUGCCUAUAGACAGCUGCAUAUGGGCCAUUGAAAGCUGCAGAGUAGGAAGUUUCCCCAGACAUUUACAAGCUGUCUGUAAUAUAAAAACUGCAUAAUUUCAUUAUCACGAGUACCCAUGCUUGAGUCAAAAAAGGGGCAUAUAUUUUACUUGAUGAAGCGGCCUUUAAGAAAUUCUAUCUGCACAUUUUAGGUGUAAUAAGGAAAUGUAAUUUACAUUUCCCAUGGUUUCUGCAAAACCUGAAAAGAAGGCUUCCUUAACAAACUUCUAAAAUAAGUACUUUUAUAAAUUGGCAUUUUUAUAAAUUAACCUUAUCCAUCCCCAGACAGCCGGUCAUGUUUUUUCCUGGCUGCUUAGCUCAGAGAACCUGCUUUGAAAAAUCAUUGAGCUGCAUUGUGAAGUCAGUGAUUGGACAGCUACAGACAGUCUGGACAGGGCUGGAAGGGGAGGGUUUGCAAGAGAUCUGACGAUUUUUGCAAGCUGUCUUUGGAUAAAUGCAUAAUUAAAUGCAUGUUUUCAUUGGAAUAUAUCUGCUAAAUAGUGAUAUAUAUUCUAUUUUAUAUAAUUUCUUUAUUUGAGCAUUUCUUUUAUUUGAGCCUCUUUAAAUAUAUUGUUAAAAUGUCAAUGUGCAUUUUCCUCUGUUGACUUAACAAUCAAGGAAACAAGACAUCAUAGAAAAGGAACAUGCAUUAAAACACACGUGGAAAAACAAAUCCAUUUAUUAGUUUGACAUACAUGAAUAUGUUUCUACACUUUAUUUGAAAAGAACAUACAGAAAUAUGUUAAAUACGCUAUGUAGAGGAAUAUCAUUCUUUAAACAUGUCAUAAUUCCUUUUUUUUUUUUUUUUUUCAGAAAAACUGCAAGAAACUUCAACCAGCCGAUGUGUAAAGCCGCUAAAGUGACCCUUGUUGAGGUGUGUACAUUUCUUUGCAGCUUUAUCUGUAUAUCCGAUUUCCACAUGCAUUGAUGUAGCUAAACGUCUUCAUAUCCAUUUGAAAUCCCAACAGAAUGUACUACUCAUUACUGGCACCUCUCAAAUUACAGUGUAAUCUGCUGUGCAAUGUUUGCUGUAGCUCUAGGGAAACUGUGAUGAAUUUAAACCUUUUUUCCCCCAAUUGCAUUGCACAGCUCUUUUGUAGGCUUCUUCACUUAACUCAAAUUUGGCAAGAAUUGAGUCUAUUUCCAGCUAAAAUUUGCAAUUACCUAACUAAUAUAUGGUUUAUUAAUUAACCUCGUGCCAUGACAAUUACACAGGUUUUCAUUUGUGUAUCCACCCCCUCUAUCUCCCUUAUGUGUGUUAAAAUAUGUGUGCCAGGGUAUAACGUAAACUUUUUUUUUUUUUUUAUAAAUGUGUUUUAUUUUUUUAAAAAUGUUUUAAAAUUAUUUAAUGUCCACAGCCUUACAGUAACCUUCAUUAGACCUCAAAAGUGACCUGGAAAUGUUUUGACAUUUAUAUAUUAAUAAACUGUUCGCAAAGGGGCCCCUUUGUGACAAUAACAAGUAAAAUUUGAAUUUGCUAAAGAGGACUCUAGACUUUGUUAUUCUGGCAAUUAUAGGUGGAGAUUCCUAAACCGCUAGCAGAUAAUUAUGUGUGUGUAUUCCUAAUCCUGACUGGUUAUUUCGAUUCCUUCCUGAUUGGUCACGGUUUCUCGAUAACCGUUUUUUAAGGUAGAAUGAUUAUUAGUUUAAACUCACAAAUCUUGCUUUAAAUGCUAAUUUUAAAUGGACCCUAUAGUACCAGGAAUACAAAGCUGUAUUCCUGGCACUAAAGCUCAUGCAGUGCUGGGUCUCUGACUCCGCCUCCUGUGACAUCCAUCAAUGAGCGGACGCUAAUGCACAUGCGCCGUGAGAUCCAUGCGUGCAUUAGGCCUCCCCAUAGGAAAGCACUGAAUCAACACUUUCCUAUGGGGAAAUAGCUGAUGUUGGAUGUCCAGUGUUAACGGACCAAAAGUCCGUUAACACCCAGGAAGAGCUUCUAGUGGCUGUCUAGUAGAUGUCCACUGGAGGCAGACUAGUGCUGCAAUGUAUACAUUGCAGUUUCUCUUGAACUGCAAUGUUUUGCAUUUCAGCACUAAGUGCAGUACGGACAGUGCACCCAGACCACUUAAAUGAGCUGAAGUGGUUUGGGUGCCUAUAGUGUCCCUUUAAUUGUAUUUUCAAUGUUCAGGUGGAAAUUAAGAUCCUAAUCAUAAUAUUUUAAUGAUUGAGAUAUAAAUAUAGAUAUGCAUUCGUAUAUAUUUACGUGUGUAUCAUAAAUCCUUUUUUUAAAUUUUUUUAAUUUUUUUUUCUCUCUCCAAGAUGAGCUGCUUUGUUUCUGAAAGUUUCCUAGAAUUUUAUUGUUCAUAAAUGAUGGAAACAAAAUGAUAGCUAUUAAACACUGUGUCUGGCACCUGCUGACUGUAAUGAGCCACCAGCUGGGUCAUAAUACCUCUCUGAAGGUUAAUUAAUACAAAGUAGUUAAAAGCCAUCUCCUUGUAAAACGGUUUUAUUUAGAAUAUUUCCUGAAAGGGACAGUGACGUGAAACAAACCUAUACACGAGCAGUAAGCCUAAAAAUGUUUUAUCCCUGGAAUUGGUGACAAGCUCAAAAUAAAGCAAAUCAAAGGGAAAAGGCUCAAUUUCCCAUCAAUUAAUAACUCCUGCUGUCUUUGAAUUCACUGAUUCAUAAGUAAACUUCAUUGCUUUUUAAAAAUUUUUUUUUAUUUUUUGUGAUUAUAUCAUAUCUCCCCACUCUGCAGAUAUGCGUGUGGGCAAGCUUGGGAGUGUGUUCUUUUUAGAUUACUGUGAUUGGUUCUGGUUCCAUGCCAGCACCCAAACAUUCUGUGUAGUACAGAAACCUGUUCGAUUACAGAGUUCUGUUCUAUGAUGUAGAGGGGAGAAAGUUGGACAUUCUGGUGUGUUUUUUUUUUUGUUUGUUUGUUUGUUUUUAAGUGUGUAUUUAUGUUUAACUUUAAGCCUUAUUCAGUACCACACUUUCCAUGAGCAUAAAUGGUAGAUUAUGCUAACGGAGUGUUACUAUAAUCUUACUUUUGGUAAUGAUAGGAGGCGAUUUAUUAGCAUCUCUCUCUUUACUGAAAACUUCCAGCAGCACAAAACAACCAAUCAGAAAAUAUUUCAACUUAACACAAAAGGCCCUGAACCACCCAGCUUUUCCUCUUUCUUUUAGCGAACCAAAAUUAAAGUUUCAAACAGAGUUCAAACCGCGAACAAUCCAACAGAAAUCCAGAAAUAAACUUGUAAUCCAGACUACGGUAGUGGGAACAUCCAAAGUGUCCGUAGAAUCGAGAAACAAGGUAUAAUGUGUUGAUUAAACUGAAAAGAAACAGAAAGAAGUGUAAGGCAACUGAAAUGAUGAUGUACAUAAUCCAACAACUGUCUAUCAAUUAAGUUCAAUAGAUGCAACGAAUGUAAUGGUUAACAAAAUUUAACAGUCAUCAUACAGAACGCUAGUCUAAUCUAAGCUUUUUAACCACAUAACUUAAAGGACCACUAUAGUGCCCUGAGGGUGCCCCCACCCUCAGGGACCCCCUCCCGCCCGGCUCUGGAAGGGGGAAAGGUGUUUAAACUUACCUUUUUCCAGCGCUGCGCGGAGAGCUCUCCUCCUUCUCUCCGCCACGUCGGCUGAAUGCGCACGCGCGGCAAGAGCUGCGCGCGCAUUCAGCCGGUCGCAUAGGAAAGCAUUUACAAUGCUUUCCUAUGGAUGCUGGCGUGCUCUCACUGUGAAAAUCACAGUGAGAAGCACGCAAGCGCCUCUAGUGGCUGUCAAUGAGACAGCCACUAGAGGAUUAGGGGGAAGGCUUAACCCAUUAAUAAACAUAGCAGUUUUUCUGAAACUGCUAUGUUUAUUAAAAAAUGGGUUAACCCUAGCUGGACCUGGCACCCAGACCACUUCAUUAAGCUGAAGUGGUCUGGGUGCCUAGAGUGGUCCUUUAACAUGACAUAUACAACUGCAGAGAGAGUGUGAAAAACCUAGUGAGGUUAGCGAGAAUCUAAAAUUAGAAAUGGAUAAGAGCAGAAUGGAAAUUACCCAGAGUGGGAAACAAAGAAAGGGCAGGAAAUAUUCACCUCCUGUCAUUACUUAAAUUAUAGGUACACUCCGUUAGCAUAAUCUACAAUUUUAUCACAUGACAGGAGGCUUUAUAUUUGCAGUUUUAACGCCCAGAAUUGAGGAAAGUAAAAGAAGCGUGAGAGGAUCGUCUAAAAUAAAACACACGGAACGUAGAUUCUCUUGACCAGACUGCGCAUCGCAUAAUGUCGAUCAGCGAUGCUCCCGCCAAAAACGCCUGAGAAGCCGCAGCCCCGUGAACCGAAUGUUCACCUAAGCUAGAAUCUAUACCGGCUAAAGACAGGGUCCAGCGAAUCCAUCUAGCCAGAGUUGUCAAAGAUACUGGUUGAUGGGGUCUAACAUAGGACACCAAGAGUUUACCCUAAGAAGCCCAUAACGUCUACUUACCGUAAAAGAGUACUAACUGCGCACAAGCGGGGAACCGUCUGGAAAAACUGGCUAAUUUUUUAUUUUUUUAUUUUUUUUCCCCCCAAGCAUUCCAAGCAGAGAUGUAACUCCUAGGGCCCAGGAGUCCUAUAGGAGAUCUUUAAAUGCCUGCGAUAAGCUGUGGACCGUCCAGGCUCCACGGAAAAUGUCCCAAGCCACCAGGUCUGGUUUCCCUUCUAAUACCAGCGGAUGUGGUUUACCCCCUGAGGACCUGUCAGGAGGAGGGGAAAUGCUAGCAAAAUAAGUGGAUGGUCCUAAACAAUUCAGUAGAUCCGUGAACCAUGCUUGGUCCCUUCAGAGGAGGGUGAGGAGAAGGAGGGAUCCUCCGUGGAGGCGUAAGUGAUGUAUCCCCCUAGUCAGCAUGGCGAAUGGAGGGAAGGUGUAGGCCCCCUCGUCUGGCUAAAUUCUAUAGGAAUGCAUCCACCGCCUCGCAUUCCGGGUCUGGGAGCAAACUGAAGUACCUCGGGAGUUGUCUGUUUGUCCUGGAGGCAAACAAGUCCACUUGCAGAAGGCCCCUGAGAUCCAUCCGGGUGUGAAAAAUUGAGUGAUCUAGCCGCAAGUCACUGGUGUCUCGUCAGUGGUGAGAGAACCAGUCCGCCGUGAGGUUGGUGAUCCCCGGGAGCUCCUCCGCCUGCAGCAUGAUGUUGCGUGAGAGGCAGCAUUUGUAAAUGUCCUUCGUUGCUUUCAUCAGAGAACAGGAUCUGGCUCCUUCCAGUCGAUUUGAUGUUUCGAACUGCCGAGAUAUUGUCCACCCAGAGCAGGAUGCAACAAUCUGAGAGGCCUUUGGCCAGACUACAUAUGGCAAAUGAUCCGGUGAUCACCUCCAGGCAAUUUAUAUGUAACCCAGUCUCUUCGUCCGACCACGGACCUCCUGUGGAUACGUCCGCGCAAUGAGCUAACCAACCCCAGAGGCUGGCAUUCGACUCCACCACGAAAUCCAGUGAUGGCCCAAAUAUUGCUCCGCCAUUCCAGGUUUGCAUGUGUAGUAGCCACCUGCCCUGAGAGGGGUAUCCAGUGAUCGUAUGUAUAGCCCAAGCGUAGGUACUUUGCCUUCAACUGUUGUAUGGCACGGUAGUGCAGAGGUCCUGGAAAGAUCGGUUGGAUCGAGGAGGAGAGAAGUCCUACGAUCCGUGCAAUUAAUCUCAGGGGGGACCAUUUCCAUGCAAAGGAUCCGUCUAAUCUCCUUCCGGAUAAAUGCUAUCCUGGCUGCGGGUAGGAGAAGAACACAGCUCACAGAGUCUAUUUCAAAGCAGAAGAAUUGUACCAGAAAAAUUUGCUGUAGAAAAACUAUCCUUCUGGGGUGAGCUGGACUACACGUUUGGCGAAGUGAUUUGAUCUUUGUCUAUGAGGAGUCUGUUCUCCCUGGAAACCUGUGUAGGUGGUGUGGUGCUAGUGAAACUUGAUAACAUAUUCCUGGAUCGUUUUGUAGGAUCCAUUCGUCCGUAGUGAUCGUCAUCCAAUUCAAUGGCCUGCAGUAAUUGUGAUCACCAGAGUACAUAAUGUGUAACUCACCUGCAGGGAAGCAUCCCGACCUCUUCCUCUAGAUCCUCUCGCGUGGUCAGCGCUUCUGUGAAACGAUGACCUUGACGUGUACGAUUGAUAGAACGAGGAAGAUUGUGCAUAAGCUCUGGGGCCCGUGGACCAAAAUCAGCUGGUGGCUCGGCCCCCCUGCCGACCAGCCCUCCCAAAAACACUUCUGCCAGGUGGGGGAUGGGAUACUUGCUUUAGGGAGGAUUGAGCCUUGUUCAACAUUGUGGAAAGGUUAACGUGCUUCUUUAGCUGAGUUACAAACUGCUUUGCCAGGGGCGCCAGCUCUUUGGAACACAGUUCCAGGAGUUUCAAAUCCAUUCUCAGAAUUGCCGACCUCUCGGGGCAAAGGGCAGCGUUGAUGUUGCACUGAGAGACGCAGGUAGGCUUCACCCUUGGGUUUGGGCGGGGGAGCGCGGGUAUCCCUCUAAGGAUAAUUGUCACCAGUACCGUUUCAAUCACGUACUUGGAGUCCAUUUGGGGCAUGUCUUGCCAAUCCUCUUCGUCGGAGGGAGAAUCCUUAACCCGCCAUUCAUUCACCAUCUCCAGAUUGUGAGGUGGGCAAGAGUCAUCGUCGGUUGAGUGGGCCUUUAUCCAUCCUGUAAAAGACAGCGACAGUCUGUGGGCGUACGGUAGUCAGUCGCACGCCAGAUUCCAAUCCGAGUAUAGUGCCAAAUAAGAGGGGCUCACCCUCCAGGUGUACGAAUGGGGGGGUUUCCCGAAGUGAAAUAAGAGACGUGGGAGUCUCCAAAUUUGUGAGGUGGACCCCCAAACAUGCCAAUUUAUUCUAUGGUGGAAUCAAAGUUGCCAGUGGUGACAUAUACAGCACAGGGGCCCACCCCAGUUGUACGUCAAGGCUGGGACUCUCAUGGUCAACAAAAUACAGGUGUCUAUAAACAGUAUGAUAAAUGGGAGGAGACCCCUCGUGACAGUGAUAGUGUCACAUCUGAUUUCUAGGGGCUCACCCCAUGUGGUGUGCCUUGUGCUACAGAGGGCACCCUCAAAUGGAAACUGGUAUAUAGGCAAACAGGCACAAUGUAAGGACAUAUAGCACAGAGUGCAGCCCUGCAAUUAGGUACACCACAGAGCAUGGUACAUAAACAGUUAAGCAGUUGCAGCUCACAGGUUGUGGUUCUAUGUGACAGUAAUCCAAUAUAGAAUGACACGUGUGUAUAAUAAGCACUCCUUUAAUGGCAUAAAUGUAGUAUAUUUCCUUUGCAAAUGGUACCUUCAUGGCAGUUAAGCGGGACUUGCAGGUUCCCUUUAAUAGGUAGUAUAUGACAUCUGCAGAUAGAAGCACUUGUCUGAGGGUAGUUGAAGGUCCAGAUCACGGUAAUACAACUCUGGAGGGAGGGAGAAAAUGGGCAAUGUUGUACUUGCGAGAUCCCAGAUUGCCACCGCGUGUAAUGCGUAGCGGGGUCUGUGGAUUUGUGGGCCCAGUGUCGAGACAGCAGAAGGGGACCAAUGUGUGUGGGCAGAGCCCCAAUACAGAGUUACAAACCCUCAGGUGCACCUAGGGGUUUUAACCCCAAUAUACAGAAAUCUUCCCGGCAGUGCCCUGCUGCAAAAUGCAUAUAUGUCCAAUCUGCAGUGCAGCAUAGCCCUAUAAUGUAUACAUGUGACAAUCUAUCUAUGGAUGGCCACAGAUAAACACUGAGGGGAGUAACUUAUGAUGUCCAGGAGACACAACCCAGGAUGUAGGGUGAGAGGGCCCUCUCAGGCUGUCUCCAGGCCCAGACUAUGGUCUGGGAGUAGGUCCCUGACUCAGUGUCCCAGGGCCAGGAGGGGAAAACUCCCAGCAAUCAGACCUCCCAAGGAGGGUAAUCACAACCAGGGGAGGGGCCGCGAGUAAUCCAUAGAAGGAGCCGGCCGCAGCACAGCGGCCACGUGGAAGAGAGGAUCCGGCCACCAAGUAGUCAUGCUGGAUCGCGAGUACCCCAGAGACCAGGAGAAAUCAUGCGGGAGCUCAGGUGGAUCGGAGGAGGCAGCCCGACAGUCAGCCUCCUGAAACCCCUGAGCACACACAGCCCGAUUAUAAGGAAAAAGGGGGUGAUAAGAUAUAAAGAUCGGAGGUAAGAUAGAUGGGGGGGGGGGGGUAGAAUCCCAAGAUACAGGCAAGCAAAAGAAGGCCCACAAAGACCCCCCCCAUGAAUCAAAAUAAAAUAUACAAAAUAAAGUAAACUAGGGAAAAGCAAAAUACAGAAAAAAAACUAUACAUCUCCAAAUAAACUAAAUAUAAUGUAAAUAAGCAAUAUGAGAUCCCACAGCCACCCACUAUGAGCAGGAGGCAGUGGUACUCUGACUUAUACUGAUGUGGAGCAGCAAAGGAAGAGGAAGUAGUUUGUGGGGACGGGAAUUUUAUGGUCUCCUUUCUUUUUUCUGAUUGGUUGUUUACUCUCUGUGUUAAUGUGCUGUUGUGGAGUUCUAAUUAAGAGAGACUUAAGCAAAUAUUUGCCUCCUGUCCUGUAAUAAAAUUUAAAUUAUUUUUAUUGCAAUGGCAUGAAAUUUUUAAAAAAUGUUCAAUGAUUUUCUAACAAAUCUAUAAAGAACUUUUGACCAAUCUACAGUUUCUUUAAUAACUGUUCUAUUACUUUGUCUGUUAAAUUUUAUACUAUCUAGAUUUUGUUUUUCCUGUUGAAUAGUAAAAGAACAGGCUGUUGUAAACAUUUUACACUUUGCAUAGUAACAACCACAAUGAAGUUUAAAGGGAUCCUAUAGUGCCAGGAAAACAAAGCAGUUUUCCUGGCACUAUAGGGUUAAUAGAUCCCACCUCCCUCGCGCCCCCACCUCCCACGGGCCUGAAGGGGUUAAAACCCUCUUCAGCCAUUUACCUAAAUCCAGCGCCGAUGUUCCUCGGUGCUGGGUCAGACUCCGCCCACGUUUCUCCAGUGACUGUCAGCCGGCGGGGGAGACCUAAUGCGCAUGUGCAUUAGACCUCCCCAAAGGAAAUUAUUAUUCAAUGUUUUCCUAUGGAGAAAAUCUGACGCUGGAGCUCUGAGAGGAUGUCCAUUGUCAGAAAACGGACCAAAAGUCUGUUUGGAUUCUGAAAGCCCUCUAGUGGCUGUCUGGUUUUACAUUGCAGCACUUGGUGCAAAAUGGUCACAGCACCCAGACUACUACAGUGUCCCUGUAAGGAUUUUCACUGGUGCCUCUAAAAGUUAAUUACUUAACCUUAAUUUCCAAGAGUUUGCCAUUUUCUCCCAGGCAGUCAUUUAUAAUAACAUCUUGGUUUAUGCAGGACUACACAGAAGUUACGAUAAUGAGUACCUACUUAAAGUAACGUUUUUCUUGUGCAUCUGUAUUGAGUAUUUUCCAGACUAGCGUUUCCCAAUUGGUGUUCCGCGAGAACACAAAUGGGGUUCCGCCGUAAUUUCGCCUAACAAAAUGGAUGCCGCGAUUUAAUCACUUAAUGGCCUGGUCAGGUGCUGUGCUACUUUUAUGUACACGAUUGGGCCCAUGUAGUAUCGACCGGAGAUCAGAGUUGCUGCCGCACAGAAGGGGCAGAGACUGGAGACGGCAGCCCAGACAUGACAGAGAAGAGGCUGGAGUGAGCAUGCAGCAUCUCACUCCCAUCAGCCUCAACUUACCUUGUGGUCCUGGUGAUGUUGGCUAACAGGAGGGUGGCUGUGGUGUAUGUCAGAUUGUGUAUGUGUCACUGUGUGUUUCAGUGUGUUUUCAUGUGCCAAGGUGUGUGUGUGUGUAUCUGAGUAUAUGUGUAUUUGUGUGUCAAGAUAUGUGUCACUAUGUGCAUCUGAGUGUGUGUGUGUGUAUGUGCCAGUAUCGGAGUGUGUGUAUCUGUAUGUCGGACCGACUCUCGACUCCCGAAAACGCCGGCUGGGUAGUGGGACUGACCAUCUCCACUGCCAGUGCUGAUGGCUGCUGCUGGGGAGAGAGACCGGUUGUCUCUAAUCCCUUUAAAUCCUGUUGCCGCUGGGGAGUCGGACCGACUGUCUCGACUCCCGGUAACGCUGCGUAGUGCUGGGUAGUGGGACCGACCAUCUCACUCUCAGUGAUGCAUGCUGCUGCUGGGACGAGGGACCUACAAUCUCCUCUCCCAGUAACGGUGGCUGCUUUAGCAAUAUAGAUGAAUGUGGCCUCCAUUCGUUUACAGACAUGGGAUACGGCCCCUUAAUGCGAAAAAAGGUUGCUAACCCCUGGUCAACAGGGCAAACAUUUUAUUUCAUAAUGGGGGAUUUGCCUUGCUGAAUAUUAAUUGUAGGGAACUGAAACCUUCGUAACUAAAAGUACCACUUCUCAAAUUGUGUUAAUUUUGUCCACUAAUUUUUGUAAUGAGCUGGGCACCCUGUUAGUAUAUGGUCUUAUUCGCCCAACACAGCUAGAUUUUGGCUUCAUUUACUACAAACUUCUGUCUUCAUCUGGGACUCCAGAUCUUCCCUAUUUUUUUUUUCCAGUAAAAUGUUUUAGUCAACAUUCAGACUUUUUAAUAAUAAUCCACUAUAUAUAUAGAACCCAUUAAUCACUGUACACACACAGCUUUGUGCAGUGCCUGGGUAAAAAACAAAAUAUCACCUUAUGCCUUAAGUUAAUGAAUCAAGUCGCUUGACAAUUCAUUAGCACACGCUGCAGCCACCUUGGCAACUUUGUCUGCAUCCCACAUAUUUACUUUAUACUGAGUUUGUGUGGGUUUGUAGGUGUGUGUGUGUCAUAUCAUGAAGGUUAUGGAUCAAUAAAAAAAAAAUGGAGAGGUGAUUUAUAGAGAUAUAUUGGAAUGAAAGAUCAUAGAUCAGAUCUAAUUGAAUAAGGUCAACAUUGAGUUGUUACCAUUCUCACACAUAAAAUUUCAGCCUUCAAAAAUAGCUCUGUUUGGAGCCAGCAACUGAUCUGCACAUCUACUGCAUUUGUAAAGUAGCAGCGCAGUUUCAGCCCUGUGUACAAAAUAAGAGAUUUGGAUUUGGGGGAAAGAUGCUCAGUUGUAAACAUUUGCUAUUUAUUGGUGUAAUUGUAAUAAUUGGUGUAAUGUUAUUUUGUAACUGUGUUUGUGUUUUGUUUUUUUUUUAAUCAAGUUUUUCAUUUUUAUUUUGAAGAAACAGUAUAAAAUAAGAACAGUAUGGGGCAUAAAAGUCCCAAAUAACAAAACUAUUUAGAGGACACGAAAAUACAGUGUACAGUGACGUUAUAAUUUUUAUUUUAUUUUUUUUAUUUUUAUUAAGCAGUAUAUAAAUAAUUUUUAACUGAUGUGGUAUUCAUCACAUCCUUGGACUCUCCCAUUGCUAUAACAAAGAUUACCAGUAGAAAGGUAUCACCAUAGAGUUAUUCACUGGCAAUGUAACAUCUGCCAAUUAUAUCGUUACCAAAAACCGCUAACACAAUGCUGGCUAAUUACUAAAACAAUUUUUAAAUGAAAAUCAAGUCCCCCACAUCAACUUGGACACAUCACAGAUAUCGAAAUAUGCCUUAACUAUAAAUCUCCUGUCUUCUCUAAAUCUUAGUCUCUAGCAUUCCAAAGUCAGAAAUAUGAAAAUGUAUUAUACUAAAUCCAAGGUAGGGCAAACUAUUUACACCGAUGCAUAAAACCCUUUCUGAUAUACAACUAUAGGAUUUUCCCACCAACUAAACCAUUAUAAACUCUAAGAUUGCCACUCUAUUCUGCCAUUUUAAUGGGGAUAUUCCUUCUGAAUCCACACAUCAACAAGAGUGUGGGUACAUUGCCCCAAUGAGGUAGAGUAUUAGUAGCACACCUAGAUAUUCCAUUGUUAAGUAUACCUAAUCAAAAAAGAUUUUCUAACUUUGUGUGUUGCGUAACCAGAAUUUUAGGGCUUUUUUUUUUUUUAAUUUUUUUUUUUUAUAUUUUUUUUUUUUGCUGUGCAUGAGGAUACUGAGGCAACCUGUAAAGCCACAACAGCAGUACAGGAAGAGAGACUGACAUAGAAAUACACAUAGAUUGAAGGGAUAUACAUAUAGUAGUGUUACGUUAUGUGGCAUUUGCGGACUUUGCACGAUUUUAGAAUGUAUAGUAAAAGUCAUGCUAAAUUAACAUGUCUAAGUGCAAGGGCAACUCAACAUAUAUAUUCGAAAGUGUAAUAUUAGACAUGGUAAAUGUAAGGCAAGAAUAGUUAGAUUAAGCUAAAACAGAAAUUUCUCAGAUUAAGCCUCCUAGGAGCUCCCCAGGUUAGUGGGAAUAGAAGAGAUGCAAAAUAGAAGCUUAUAACUCUGUUAAAAGGGAACGGGUGAGAGGCUGUAUGCCCUUCAGUUCCCAGUUUGUGUGUUUAGUUCAUCCUAUGCACUCCGUAGGCAGAGCACAUACCCGUAAUAGGGUGGUAUGUCGCAGGCCCCUGAACCCAGAUGCUUGCAAGCUAGUCCAUGCAAAGGACAGGAUUAGGAUUCUUUUGUAGCUAGUCAGGCUUUCCACAAGAAUCCGCUUUGAGCCACUUACAUUGUAUCUCCCACACUUGUGGAGUCCCAACAUUGGUUCGGGAUGGUCUCCUCUUGCGUGCUGCCUAUGUUAGGGCGUUGGGUGUUUCCUGCCCUUCCACUAUUUUUGGGCCUUCACUUUUGCCCGAGCCAUGGGUUUCCACUGCUUAGGAGGGAUCAUCUGUGGAGGCGAGUGGUCACUCGGUUGGUUUGAGGCAGCUUGACCCCUAUUAUGUUCUAGUUUCUACCUGAAAGCGUCGAAAAUUCUGUCCAGCCUAGACACUAUCAUCCUUUUUCUUGUCGAUGCCGGGGAGCCAUGUGGCGUCUGCCAUGUUAGAUGGCUCUUCAGUUUUCUUCAGUAUCUGUGGCUUCACCCUUCAUUCUCCCUUUUUUUUGGCCUGUGUGACUUUAUUAUAUUCAGAUUAAGUGCUUUUGUUACUAAACUCUCUAAACCUGUUAUAACUAACUUCAAAUAAGCGUUACGGGGACAUAAUUGUAUAUUGUUUGUGUGUACUAACAUGUUUAAAUAAAACAGUGAGAGGUAUUCAUUAAAAUGUUAAAGAUAUUAUACAAAAAAAACCUUGCCAAAAAUUUAUUGGCUCAUUCAGUAUAAGAUAAAUUUUUGUGUAUACUCUUGUGAGCCAUUGGACCUGAAAUGUUGUUUUCUAUCAUGCUCCACCUGGAAUGGGGGGGAGGGGGGGAAGCAGGGCAGUGGGUAUUCAAGUUACAAUACACAGGGGAAGGUGGGCGCCACUGAAAAGGUUUAGUGCGUGAGUCCACACUGGUAAGCAAGCCUUCUCAGGGUUAUCCUUGGGCAAAUAACAGUUGAAGUUUUCUGGUCAUGAAAGCCACAAGUCUGUUUCAUGCAGUUUAAGCUGAUCUAAUGAUGUGCCAAAGCUGCUUUUGUGGGAAUUUUUAAAAGCCAGGCAUGGGACCAACCUUGAGCCUGCCUUGCUAUAUUCCAGGGCUGUUGGGGUCCUUGGGGGUAUAUUUAAACAGGAUGAGUGCACUUAAAUAGUAAAUUGAAAGUUUGGAGGGUAUCAAUCAACAUUAAACAAGUUCUACAAAUUUUCAAAUAAAAAGAAUCGCAAAUACUUCACGGCUCAGUUCCCAAGACAAUAUCUAAUGUAAGAUUCAGGUUAGAUAUAAGAACCAAGCUGAUUUUACAGCCUUGGCCGACCUUGAGGAAUUGCCUCUUCGCAAAGAACUGUUUGUGGAUAAUAGACAGAACAGUUAAUAAAUCAAAGAAUGUUAGGAUUUAUAUCUUCUAUCAUUUCAAUGCAUCUUUAGCUGAAAGAGGCUAACAAUUUAUUGCCCAAUUCUUGUUACAAUCCAUAUCUUUUAAUCCUCCAGGGUACUGUCAAGAGAACUCCUGUCUGUAUACUUCAUUUGUUUUGUGUAUUUAUGUAGGUGGUUUUUAUUUAUUUUUAUUGGUGAAAAGUGCGAUUAGUUCAUCUGAGAAAUUUAAAAAAAAGCUAUUAAAAUGAAAUAUAAAGUCAUGUUAAACUUUUUGCCAUGUUGGUAAAAAAAAAUAAAAAAAAUAAAAAAAAUAAUAAAAAUACAAUUUGCUAGUUUGAAUAGCAAGGGGCUGAUUUGUAUGUGUAUUUAAUACAUUUUUACGACUUUGUAACUUAAAAAUGUGGCUCGAAGGUUAACUAAACUCCUGACUAGUGGUGUCAUAGUGACAAAGUUUCACUUACUGUUUGUCUAAAUAGUAAUACAAAGUACCGGUAAUACAUGCUUACUCCAUGCAAUGAGAGAGAGGAUGUGAGUGUUGGUAUGCAGGAGGUUUCAGCUGCAUUGAAUCUGCCCUGUCUCUGACGUCACUGAAUCACUCUGUCCACUCAGUAUGUAUGUUGGUUUCGUUCACAAGGUUUGACAUUGUAGUUUAUGCUAGUGUGCAUUCAACGUUUGACUAGAGGGUGGAAAUAGUGUUUGUGACAUGAGCGUAUACAUGUGUAAUGGAUGAAAGUCAAUGAACUACUACUUUGAAUUAGUCAAAUGCAGAUUCAUUUGUCUAAAGAAAUCUGUUUUUUGCUAUACCUCUUAUGUUGUACUUUUUACUUUUUAUUUAAAAAAAAAAAAAAUUUAAAUAGGAAAUUCGGUAGAAGUAUUGGGCGCCCAUGCGCCAAGGCUUGCCUCGAACCCACUCAGUAAAAAGAACACUGCGUUGCUGCUAGAGUCUCCCAAUAUGUAGAAAUUCAAAUUUCAUGUCUUUGUCAUAUGUUCUUGUGGUGAUUGUUAUGUAGGUUUGUGUGUGUUCAUGCAUGUCCUCUAGUACUGGAUCCUUCUAUGUGUAAUUACUCAGAAAAUUUUUUUAGAAAGGCCCUGGGAAUAGCAUUAUCCACUUUCAUAUUUGUUUUGGAAAUCAUGUCUUGACCAAUAUAUGCAACAUGGUUCUGCUGAAGUAAUCCUUAAUUGCUGCACCAUGUCCAUAUUUGGACAGCAUUGAUAGGCUGAGCAUGUCAGAUGACAUGAUUAAGAAUCUGUGGAGAACUCCCACCCUUCUGAAAAAAAUCACUUGAAAAGGCAUGUAGUGGCUAUGGUGCUUAAGCCACCCAUUUUCCUUCUGUUUAUCUGAAAAAUUCUAAGUUUUUUUUAAGCUUGCUUGCUGCUUUGGAUUUUCAUUGAAGUGGAGACUAAUUUGUCUUAUGGACAGGCCUGCGGUUGAUAAAAGGCAGAGCUCCACUAUCCACAAGUAACGACUGUGGGAUUCAGGAAUUUUGUUGCUCAUGUCAUCCCCCAUUGAUUGUAAUCUUGUGCUCUUGCGCAUGCGUGUAAGUAUAGCACUGAUUUUUGCCUCCUGGCCAAUUAAGUGCCAUGAGCUGAACAAGUUCUGGAGGAAGAAAAUGACUUCAGAUAAAUAUACCAACCUUCCACUUGAUCCAAACUGCAUAUUGUUCAACGGUACCAUCUGCAAAGACUCCAGAAAGUGACAGAUUCACUUUAAGUAAUGAUAUAUUUUAUUUAUUUAAUUUCCUCUCUUUUGGCAGGUUGAGGAAAUUGUUGAAACUGGAACAUUUGCACCUGAAGAUGUCCACAUUCCAAGCAUUUAUGUGGAUCGAAUUCUCAAAGGAGAAAACUAUCAGAAAAAAAUAGAGGUAUGAAUUUUUUGUUCUAUAGCAGAUACUUAUUCAAUUCUAUUAUUUUAUGUUUAAAUAUGGUCACUCCAUAGUUGCAGGUAUGCGUGGAAUCACAACAAGUGUAGUUACCAGAGGUUUAGUAAUCGUUUAUAAGCAUUUCACAAGUGCAUGAAUGCAUAUUGUACUUGAGAAUCUCAGGAGAAUCUGCAGGGAAAGAAUGAUUAGAGGCAAGCACAUCUCUGGCAAUUGAAUAGCAAUUUCCUGUAUGUGUUAGUGGUAAAAUACCUAUUUGCUAUGUAAAUUUAAAGGUACAUUCCAAGAACAUAGGAUUAAAGGAACACUCAAAUUAUCUUAUAGAGUCCAAUGCCCUGUACACAAGUGAGCGGGUAAACCAAGUUUUUAUUUGACAAAACUUAGCAGAAAACAUUGCAUGUUUCCUCUCUGAAGCUUGAUUGGCUGACUAAUUGCUUGGUUUUUAAAUCUGUUUGAGGGGUCCUCACUGCAUGUUGCACAACUGUAGUUGUGCAUUUUUGUAUUUUGUUGUAUUGGGCAGAAAACUACACUUUAUUGAAUGUAUCAUGUUACAAGCCUUUGACAGCUUGAGUUGAACAAAACUGUAACGAUGUUACAAAUGUGUCAAAUGUAAUAGGAUCUGCUGAAUAUUUUUUAUAUAUUGUAGAAUUGUGUGUGUAUAUAUAAAAUUUUGUUUUCUUUUCUUGAUAGAGGCUAACCCUACAGAAGUCAGAAAAUUCCACACCCAAACCUAAAAAAGCUUCCGACCUUGUAAGAGAGAAGAUAAUUAGGAGAGCAGCUUUGGAGUUUGAGGAUGGGAUGUAUGGUAUCCUUUAAUUACUAGAAUUAGUGAAUCAGUGUACAAAAAUAGUCCUGUCUCUGGAGAAUGUAGAACUAUGAUCAUUGUGGGCACUGAGAGACCAGGGUUGGAGUGAAUGGCAAGAUACAUACACAUGGUCAGGAAUGGGGAUAAAACCGGUCUUCCAAUCAACCUAUUUAAUAGUGGACUGCUAACUUCAACCCCCCAAAAAAUACUGCAUAUAUUAAGCACAUGUUGCUCAAGGGACUAGAUGAUUAGGUGCCCUUUGUGAUCUUGGCCAUUCAUUUGAUUGAUUCAUUUGAUAUUUGACUAUGAAUGAGUACCAAGAGACACAUGUGAUGUGUGCCAGAGUCAAAGACUCUAUUUUUGCCUUUACCUAAAAAAACGGUUAUGUGUUUGUUAUUUAGCGUUGGGGCAGUUAGCUCUUAAAUUAUUGGAUCCUGAAUUUUUUUUUUAAUUUAUUUAUUUUUAUUGUGGGAUGUUUAGGUUACAUCAAUAUAUUGAUUUGGGGAAAACCAUAACCUUCUUGAGACCUUCAUAUGUCUUUUUAACUAAAAACUGAUCCAGAUGAUUCAUUCAAUUUAUAUCACUUUAUUUAACAGCGAUUUUCUAAACCAUGGAAAUUGCAUUAGUAAAGCAGAAUGACAUAAAGUUUCACUUCACAAAAUUUUGUUUUACUUUCAAGCAUUUUAGUUUCCAUUGCUAUUGGUAUUUUGGGGAAAGAGUGCCAUUAUUAAAAAAAAAGUAAUUCCACCUUAGUAUAUUAGAACUUAAAUGUGUUGACUUUAACAAACCAAUAUUACAGCCAACCUAGGCAUCGGCAUUCCAAUGUUGGCAAGCAACUUUAUCAAGAAAGACAUCACAGUCCACCUUCAGAGCGAAAAUGGAGUGCUUGGUCUGGUAAGGCUGUUUUUCUAUUAUAUUUUAACUAUUUAUAACAUUAGUGUUGAUCAGUAUUAAAUGUACUUAAGGUGAUAUUUAAAUUUUUUUUUAUUUUUUUUUUGUUCUUCCAAUUGUUUCUAAUUUAAGAUUAAUAUUUUGACAUAGCACUCUCCAUUUAGCUACAACUAUGCUCAAUUAUAAAAUGUUUGCUAAUUUUAUACUUGGGUCAUCUGUAGAGGUUCUCAACCCUGUUAUUGUGCACCCCAGAUACUUUACAGUUUAGUCAUUUUGCAGUUCUCAAGAGGAUAUUGAUAAAACCGGCAAGGCAGGGUUGUUUGGUGACUUGUUUCUGAAUCAGUCUUUUAAAUGGUAAGAAGUAGAGAUUUUCCUCAGAUGGUGGCAUCUUCUGUGUUUUUGUUUUUUCCUCCAGCUCCUGUGAACGUAUAUAAAAAUCAGAGGGGCAGAAAGAGUAAACCGUCGUAUAGCAGGGGGAAGGGGUUGUCUACUGUUUUGAUUAUACAGAUUAAUACAUGCCAUGCAUUGGCUUAGAUUUAACAUAAAUAAACUUUUUUUUUUUUUUUUUAUACAAGCAAUGGAUGUCUUGACAUAAUACUGAAUUACCAAUUUAGUAAUUAAAUGGACUAGAGAAACAUAUUUGUAGAGAAAGUUUACACAUAGUAUGAUGUACAAAAGUGAUUUUAGUGACCGAUGUUUCAGAUUUUUGUCAAUUCCAUACUGUACUCACUCAUAAUUUAGUACAUUUUUAGUAAUUUGUUUCUUUCAUUUUUUUAUUACUCAGGGUCCAUAUCCUUUGGAAAACGAGGUUGACCCAGAUCUGAUUAAUGCAGGCAAGUGAACAGUUGUGUUCUGAACUCAAUUUUUUAUAGCAAUAUUUAAAAUGUAUGUGUUUGGGUGUAACAAUAAUAUAUUGUGUAUAAUGAAUUAAUAUUAUAUUGUAUUGAAAGACAAGUAGAUGGCCAGGUGCUUCAUUGACAGAAUGAUGCAGAAGAUAAAAAAAUUUUAUACACUAAAGUCACCAGAAAAAUUCCAGCUUAAUGUAGUUGUUCUGAUGAGUAUAGUCAGUUCCUGCAAGCAUUCAGAGAAAAGGCAGUGUUUACAUUACAGCCUAAUGAUAACUCCACUGGCCACUUCUCAGAUGGCUACUAGAUGUGCUUCUUAGGGGAUUGUUGCACAGUGUGCAGCAGUGCUUUUCAGUAUCAACACCCUCUGCAUGGAGACACAUAAUUUUCCUCAUUGAGAUGCAUUAAUAAUCUGUCUGGUUAAUAAUCACGGAGAUGCUGAUUGGCUAGGAUGGCAUUUGGCUUAGUCACUUGCCCCAUCUCCUUAACAAUCUUGGCAAUCCAAUGCAUUUUUAUGGGAAAGCAUUGUGAAAUGCUGAGAUCACCACAACUGAUGUCAGCCAAGGCAACAAAUCAGGGACAGAGCCAGCCGACUGGAAUAAAGGGAAGAUUUUACUAUAUUUAGGGGGGCUAACAGACAAGAUAGUGUUUUUAAAAAAAAAAAAAAUUUUUUUUUUUUUUUUUUAACACUAUAGGGUUAGGAAUACAUGUUUUUGUUAAUGACUCUAUAGUGUUCCUCUGAAGGAACACUAUAGUCACCUAAACAACGUUAGCUUAAUGAGGAAUUUUUAGUGUAUAGAUCAUGCAGUUUUUACUGCUCAAUUCACUGCCAUUCAGGAGUUAAAUCACUUUGUUUCUAUUUAUGUCGUUUUUGUCACACCUCCCCUGGCUAUGAUUGACAGAGCCUGCAUGAAAAAAAAAAAACUGGUUUCACUUUCAGUCAGAUGUAAUUUACCUUAAAUAAUUGUACCUCUUUCUCUGUAGAUUGAACUUUACUCACAUACAGCAGGGUCUAGCAGCUAUUAACAUAGCUGGGGAUAAGAAAAAUAAACAGAACUUGCAAUAAAGGAAGGAUAAACUGUAGAUGACUCUUUACAGGAAGUGUUUAGGAAGGCUGUGCAAGUCACAUGCAGAGAGGUGUGACUAGGAUUCAUAAAGUGAUUUAACUCCUAAAUUUCAGAGAAUUGAGCAGUGAGGUUGCAGGGGCAUGAUCUAUAAACCAAAACUGCUUCAUUAAACUAAAGUUGUUUUGGUGAAUAUAGUGUCCCUUUAAAUAUAUGUAUGGGGCGUAAUGGCAAAGAAGCUGUUUAGCACAUAAUGUGCAUACAUAUAGAUAUGUAAUUCAAUUAAUUGACAUGAUCUUUAUCAUCCGUGUGUGUAACAUACUGUAUAUGCAUUCUCCAUUGCUGUUACAAUUGUCUCAAAUGUAUAUUUUAUAAUCCAUGUUUAAAAAGGUAUAUUUGGCAUUUAAGUACAACUGGGCAAAGUGCAAAAUUGUAUUUCAUAUAUUGCACAAUUAUUGCAAUCUGGAGGCGGGGGGUGUGUUUUUUUUAAUUUUAUUUUUUUUAUUUUAUUUGUUACACUUUGUUCUCUAUGUGAAAGCGCUGGCAAUGUCCCAAACUUUCGUUAUAUCGUCUUAGCUUGUUUACAAUGAUUAUGCCACAUUCUAGUUUAUUAUGUCUCUAUAUCUUCUGUGUGUGUGUGUAUUUGUGUAUAUUUAUAAUAUUAUACACUGAAACAAAAGAUGUACUCACAGGGAAUCACUGUGAAAACAGUGCUUUAGUUUUAAUGUAGUAACCAUGUUACAGCAUGGUUAUCUGAUCAACGUUUUAACCCCAAUGUUUUUUUCACCGUAAAAUAGUUUUAACUGUGAAAGCUCUUUUGUUUAAAUAUGCCCUUGGCUACAUGACCAAGAUAUUAUACUCACCCUACUUCAAGAGUGUGCGUGAUGUAGUUGUGGUGGUGAAAGGGUUAAAGUUCACUAUUUGUCUGCGUUAGAGCGGCAAUAAUGAUAAAAAUCCCACUUAACACCACCCACACUUAGCCAUGAUAUAAAUAUUACUAGUUUAGCGCUGCCACCACCAAGACCAUUUAUAAAUGGGGUGCCUUGGCCCCCCAGGUAACUUAAUAAUAACCCACCAAGUACAACUUGGCACAAUAUCUAUACAAUUGCACAACACUAAUUAGUCUCUUCAGGUAAUGUGAUUAUUAACCAGACAAAAGCAGAACUUUAAAAAAUAAAUAUUUACUAUGAGCAGUGCACAGAAAAACGAGAUGAUGCACAAAUUAUUUACACCAACAGAUAAAAAACCCCAAAAAGGAUAAAAUAACAGAAGUCCUAAUCACUUACUCAGGUUUUCAAAGUAAAACUUCUGCCAAGGGGCUCUCUGGCAAGGAAAAUGGUGACUCACUCAAAAAUAGUUUUUGGCCCCAAGCAAGUAGAAUACACACUUCAGUAUCAUUAGAUGUAGAUAAGGCGUACCUAUAGAGACAAUAAGUGACCACCCCUUGUGUUCCAGACCAACAUCAAUCCAAACUGAAACUUUUUCUUCUAUCUCCUCUUUUGUACUUGCCACAGAAAUAAUAAUGGAUUUAUGAAUGUUACCAUUUUUCCAUUCCAUAGAUAUGUCACACUCCUUACUUAUGACUCAAUGUAGUAGACAUCACACAGGGCCGGUGCAAGGAAUUCUGCCGCCCUAGGUAAAGAUCCAUUUUGCCACCCUCCCUAUGCGUUACAAGUUUAUUCACUAAACCCCAAACAGAACAUUUCACUUUUUUUUUUUUUGUGAUUAACAAUUUAUUAGAUAAACCCCCAAAGAAAAUAUGCUUUUAUUUUUGCAACAUGUUUUUCUGCAAGCCCCUAGUCUGUGCCAGGUAAUACUCCAAUGGAGAGGCUUCUAAUGGAGACUACGCCUCUGUGCUAAAGCCGCAAUUGUGCGCAUGCACACUCAAUCACAGUGUUCCUAUGUUUCCCAUUGAGCUCUACUUCAGCUAAUUGAGAAAGGGAGAAGGCAGGCGCACGCUAGUACAGCCAGUCUGCCUCUUCUGCUAGCUCUGUGGAACUAAAGGAAGUGGACAAAAGCCUUCCUGGCUGCCUGACAGACAUAUGGCAAAUGAGAGUUUAUAUUUAAACCAGGCUUCCAGGCCACUUAUGUGGCCUCUAAAAGGUUGAAUGUUAGGGUGCUCAAGGUCGGUUGAAGAAAGGGCAAAGAGGGGAGGUAACAGGCUGUGGGGCUAUACAAUAAAUUGUUUACUGAAACUGUGCUGCUUUGCAAUGAGGAGUCUAAUAAUGUUUUGUAGAUUUUAUUUAAUUUUAUAAUAUAUUACAAUUGAAUAAUAGAUCAUUGACUUAAAUUUACUAUUGAAGAAUAUAUCAUUUGAAUCCAUCUCAUAAGGGUGCAAAGCUGUAAUGUUGUUCCCUUUUUUUUUUUCUCAAAAGAACACUUCAGUGUUAGAAAUACAAAGAUGUAUUCCUAACACUAGUGUCCCUUUGCCCCAAACAUGUCCGUGAAAGAGAGAUUGUGUUCUGGGUGCCUGCAAUGUCUCUUUAAUGAGAGGAUGACAUACUUACAGUAUGGACACAACCGCUAAAAGAAAAAUCAUGUAACAUUGAAUAUUUGUAAAGCAGUUUUUGUUUAUAUAAAGCUAGCACUCUUACAAUAUAAUUCUGUGACAUUUCUGAUUGUACGUGUUUCCACUAACUGGCCUUGUGAUAACAGAAACACAAAUUAUAGCUGUUACUCUAGCUUACUUAUAAGCUUUGUUGAUUGAUGCACAAGGUAUUCAAUAACCAAGUUUGGUGACCCGACUAGUGGGGCUAGAACAUAUCUGUUUCUAUUGGAGUGAAGAAAUUCUGGUGAGUUUAGUGGAUGUGUGCUGAUUUUUUUUUUAAAAUUUUUUUUUUUUUAUCUUUAUUUUCUAGGUAAAGAAACUGUGACAAUCCUUCCGGGAGCCUCUUUCUUUUCCAGUGAUGAUUCCUUUGCCAUGAUUAGAGGGUAGGUAACCAUACAGAUAUAUUUUCCUUUUCACUAGAUUGUUACAAUCAAUUUGAUUAGGUGAUGCGUCAUUUUCAGGCUCCAUAACCACCCACAUAAGCAGUGUAGUAAAAGUGUAUUGCUUGUUAAAUGGUCCAGUAGAAGCCUUAAAAUCUGAGACUAAAGUUAUACUCCAAGCAAUUUUGUCCCAUUCGUGCUUUAUACCUGUGACGAGAGCAAUCUCACCACAUUGCAUUGGAGAAGCCUGGUUGCUCGCCUGCUGCCUUUGGACUAUGGCCCCAUGUUAAAAGACAUCUUUUUUUCCUGCAGAACAGACUUAUUCGUGCUUUUCUGCCUGGUGUUCGGUAGAUUCAAUCUACCGAACAACCGCACAAAUGGCUAGACCACCUGGGAGCUGGAGUGUGUCGGCAAUUAGCCUCCCUGAAGCUGCGGUUAACCGCAGCUUAAUUGGCGAAUGCUGGGUGGCCGCCAUUCGUAUCACGAACACGAGGUCACGGCCAUUUUAAACAUGCGAACGUACAGCGGUGUUCGACGCUUAAUUCGUGGAACUAAAAUCGGACACAGAUUUGCGCGAACACCACUGAAGCCGCCAACCUCCCCUUCUUGUUCGGUGAAAGUGCACGAACGGCCCGGUGUUCGGUAGUUUUACUUGAAUAUGUUAUACCCCAGAUGGGAAUCCCAUGGAGCCCAUUCGCAUGAGAACUGACUGUGUAAAGACUUUGGCUCCAUGGCGAUUACACUGUAUUCGUGUGGUAUGAGCGCCAUUCGCUUAAUAAUGUGCGCUCAGACCUGAGCUAUCUGGGGACAUGUUAAAUGUAUAGUUUUAAUGUAACAUGUCCUACAUGGUGUAUUUUAAUAGUAAUUCCUGUUUUAGUAUCCCCACGUGCAUAAUGGCGAUUUGCCUUUGUCUUGGGAGAUAAUUGAAUUACUUCUCAAUUAUCUCCAGGGCAGAGGGGUGGAAGCCAGGAUGUAUUGUGGGAAUAUAAUGUGACUGUGUGUCCUAUUUGUUUACUUGUCUGUCCCUUGUCACAGUCUCCCAUUUGGUCCCUUAGGGGAGUGUCCACCAGGUGGGAGACCUGCAUAAAUACUGGUCAGGUAGCCCUCAUUAAACAGACCACUGCUUGACCCUCAACACGGAGCCUUGUCUCGUCUUUGGGGGGGGAUUUGCUGAAUGCUGAUAGAGACUGAUUGCUAGGAGUGUAAGCCGCUUGGAUGCUUUUCCUAUUCGUCUGCUAGCAGUGAUUCGUAUGGUUCUAGUUCGUGUGUUUGGAGUGCUAUAUUGGAUGCAGUUCGGGAGUUUGGAGCAUUCCCUUAUUGGCGGUUCGUGAGUUUGGUGUUUUACAAUAGCUGUGCCUGUAUCUCUGGAAGGGGAAGAUCUACUAAAUGGCGGUUUAACCCUUUUAUGCUGAGGGUCCGUUACAAUACCCAUAGGUCAAAGGAAUACCAUAAUAUUAAAAAUAGAUGUAGAUACAUUGUUAGCCAGUACAUUGCACCCUUGUGCAUGCCCCAAUUACAGAAAUUAAGGACCUCCAAGGGAAGCUAAUGUCCUCUCCAGAGACCAAGACCAUACAAUCCGCAUUUAAAUAAUCUUACCAAUAACUCUAUAACCACACACCAGAAGGAGGCUAUGCAGAGAUUUUUUGAAUAUCUGUCCCUCCCGCCUAUUCAGCACUUGUAUGAAGAAGCUCUACUAUCAGUAAUAACACAGGAUGAGGUUCUUGCGGUAAUAUUUGCUCUUAAGGAAGACCACUCCCAUGACCAAGAUGGCAAUGGCUACUCUUACUAUAACAUUUUUAUUGAGGUUCCUCAUACGGUCCCAAUAUUCAGUGCAGCAUUGAUUGCGACCCACUAAAGAUUAGGUGAGUUUAGUGGAUGUGUUCUCAUUAUUUUACUGUCAAUAUAAUUCUACUGUCAAAGGAGGGUGGGCUGAUACUAUAGUUGGUAACUACAUGCCCAUUUCAUUACUCUGACACAAAAGUGCUGUCGAGUGCUUGCUGUCGAGUGCUUGCUGUCUGACUGCUUCCCCUGCUUCCGAAAUUAAUACACACUGAUCAGGGGAUUCAUUCCUAAAUGACCAUUACACGAGAAUACUAGAUCACUUGGUGUGGAGGAUGGGUAAGCCGCAGACACCUUCUCUGCUUCUUUCUUUGGAUUCAGAGAUGGAGUUUGACAGGGUGGGGUGGCUAUUUCUAUUUGGCUUGUUAGGUAUGGAGCUUCCCCUUUCUUAUUCUCAGGGCUAUUAAGACUGCAGGCACAGUUGAACCUAUUCGAGGUACAUCCCGCUUCUUUCAAUCUAUCCAAUGGGAUGAGACAAGGUUGCCUGUUUUUGCCUUUACUGUACAUAUUUUCCCUGGGACCUCUUCUUCACAUUAAAAAGGAGAACCAAUCCAUUGAGAGGAUUGAGGUUGGAGGAGAUCUUUUUAAAAUGGCGGCUUAUGCCGACAUUGUCCUCCCAACACUGUUAAAUUCUGAAUCUAGACUAUACCCACUGUUUGUUCAACUUUAAAUAUGUACUGUCAUUAUCUGGUUACAAAAUCAAUGUAGAGAAAUCCCAUGCAAUAUCCAUGAACCUGUCCGCUGCUGACAUGGACCUAAUUAUAUCAAAAUAAGUUACACAUGGCUCCUCCAAGGAUGAUUCCAAAGCUUUUAUUUACAGCAAAUUAUUCUGUAAUGUUUCAUAAGAUCAAGAUGAACCUGGAGUUCCUGAGUGGUGGGAUCAGUCUCCUUGGUCAGCAGAAUGCAUAGCAUAGAAAUGAAUAUGAAUCCUCCAAGAUUGAUCUUUCCAUUUCAGGUUCUCCUGUUUUGGGGUACAAAGUGUGACCUAGAUGAUAUUUUGACAAAUUAUUUGGGGUAAUAAACGGUAUAUAUUGGCAUAGACCAAAAAUGGAAAGAGGUCCAGGACUACUGAACCUCUUAAUAUACUACUAUUCCACAUAGUCGCCCAAGUUGUCCAAAGCCGAAUCGCCACCGGGGUAAAAUUUUGACCGACCGCUCAUGAGGCACCUGCCCAAAACCGUUCCAUAGUUUCAGAGGUAGAGGUCAGUCCAUUUCGGAAGUUCCAUACUGAACAAAACCACAAACGGUUUCCCUAGCUCAUGGGCAGCGUUUUUUCACCUGCUUAGUGUGAACAAACCCACUGAACAGCACUCUCCUGGCUUGUCUGGGAAAGAAAGCAGGCAUUCGUGAAGUUGACCGGUGUUUGCUGGGUCCAGUGUCCAAUUUGGAGUUCAGACACUCGAUUACCAAGUCCCGCUGACUCCUUUCGUGUGACAAGAUGGCCGUUUUCUCCAGCAUGUGGCGUUCGGUUAUACGAACGUCGGCCACACAGGGAGAGUACUUAAUCCUGCUGUUUCUUUAUUGUUAAUGAGCCAGGGGGUGGUCAGUGUUCAGUAAAUUUAUAUACCGAACAAAGAAAAAAUUAAGUUUGGGAACCAAAGAGUAUAGUUUCAUUCAGUCUUUCAGCAAUUUGAGCUACAGUUGCCCUUUUGUGUGCUCGGGACAGUUGGGAUAGCCCUCGCUCCUCAUGUGUCUCAAUGAGCCUUAGACACCCAUAACCAUGACAAUGGCUCACUGGUUGUCCUUCCUUGUAUUACUUUUGGUAGGUAUUUUCUGCACACUGUGAGCACCCCACAAGACUUUCUGCUUUGGAGAUGCUCUGGCCCAGUCAUCUAGCCAUAACUCUUUGGCCAUUGUCAAAGUCACUCAGGUCUUUCACUUGCCUAUUUUUCCUGCUUACAACACAUGAACUUCAAGAACAGAUUCUUCACUUGUUGUCUGAUAUAUCCAACCUCUAGACCGGUGCCAUUGUAAUCAUAUAAUCAGCUUUACUCACUUAACCUGUCAGUGAUUUUAAUGUUGUGGCUGAUCAAUGUCUGCUCCGGUUGCACAGUCUGGGAUCAAAUAUGUUCUGUUUCUCAAUGGGAAAAGUUUUUGUUUAUUUUCUGGGGUGCAGUUGAGGUGGAUGUCUGGGAAGAGAUUUGGAAAGCAGCAGUCAAGUUUUCCAAAUGUGUCACAGCACACGAUAUAGGUAUAAAAUUAUGUUCCAAUGGUACACCACUCUUGUCCAGUUAUGUCCCAUAGGGAAAAUCCCCACUGAUUAUUGUUGGAGAUAAUGUAGAUAUCGUGGCUCAGACCUUCAUAUGUGGGCGGCCUGCUCAGUAAUAGUCCCUUUCUGGGACGGAGUAGGGGAUCUUUUGGCAGCAGUUUAUCAUAGGCCCUUUGAUCUAGACCCCUGGCUAUUACGAUUGUCUAGAGACCUUUAGAGGGCUUCCUAAAGAAGGCUCAGAAAUUGAUCAACAAAAUAACCUUAGCAGCAAGGAGACCUUUGAUGGUAUCAUGACUAGAACUAAAAUAGACGGAAAUCAUUUAAUGGAUCAGCUAAUGGGCAGGGUUCAUGACACCUUGCCCUCUUUCUAUAAAGUUUGGGAUUCUUGGCGAGGUUUCACCUGCAUGACAUAAAGACAGAUGUUAGUCAGUUGCAUUAGGUCUCAUCUGUGGUGGUACCCCCUUGAUUUAUACAGUCAAGAUGAACCAUGGCACAUAUCUGUGAAGGGAUGCGAUCAGAGUUGUAGUGCUUUUUUUGUUGCAAUUAUAAAAUGUUUUGUGCCAGAUCACAGUGAGAGGAUCUCAUUGCUGCUAGGUAAGUAGCACAUAGGUUGUUAUGGUGUUUGGAAUGUCCCUUUUAAUUGUGGACUGUAAUUUGCCCAGGCUUAUAUAAAAUAUGCAAAAGCUAAAUAGAUCUGUAAUAUUUUCUAGUAAUUUUAAUUGAAUGGUAUAGCAGUCAAUAUUUAGACUUUGUAUGUGUAAAUGGGUAAAAUUAAAUGCUACAAAAUAUCCUAUUAUCCUUGCUUUAUCUUGUCUGUCUUUAUAGGUAAUGUGUAAUUUUAUCCUGUCCGUGUUUAAUAUUUAUGUCUUCAUUUUUCCAGGGGUCAUGUUGACCUGACAAUGUUGGGUGCUAUGCAAGUAUCGAAGUAUGGAGAUCUUGCAAACUGGAUGAUUCCGGUGAGUAUUUUAUCUAUUACUAUUGCAGUACUGGCCAUGUUGAUCCACAUAUUGGGAAUUUAUAACUUUGGGUAGAGUGGUACAACAAAUAACAACAAAAAAAAUACAUAUAUGUAAUUGCACCGAUACGCUAAAAUGGAACGUCACUUUUUAGCAUUCCAUAUCAACGUUAGAUAACGAGUCUUCUGCAGUGCUCUAAAAUGUAACUUUAAAUUUGGGACACAAAGCUAGCCCAUGGGAAAAAAAAAAUUCAUGGCUAAAUGGUUGUUUACCAAUUAUGUUGCUGAUAUGAUCUGUGUUGAUUUAGAAAUUAGCAGACUUUUUUAUUUUUUAUUUUUUUAUUUUUAUUUAUUGGAAGUUUACUUUAUCUGAAAGAAAAGACUUUGUGAUGCUUGACCUAUUCUGAAUCUGAUGGUAAUAUAGUUCUUUUCUCGCACAAUAUAAACCAGACAGGGAGAAUCUGGUAAAGAGUCAGCGUGUCUUUAAGUGGUUGGAGCCAGCACAGACAUCUGAGAAAAGAGCAUUACACAGUUGUGUUGGCUGCAGUUUAAUAUGCUCUUACUAAGGUGCCUCAGCUGAGCCUUGUGGGAGAUAUCAGUAACACCUGCAGAGAAGGUCGUGUAUUGAACGAGGCGGGUGGGCACUCUGCUCUGCUUACACUAAAGAUGAUUUGGAGAUUCAGGGAUUGGUGA